AUGUCCCUGGGACUCGCAGCUACAUUUCUUCUGGUCUCCUUUGUCACCCUCCUGCUGUACCUAAUAACAUGGAAAGGAGGGAAAAAGCUGGAAAACCUGCCCCCAGGACCCACGCCUCUGCCCCUGCUGGGGAAUAUUAUGCAGAUUAGCACCACAGAAUUGCCCCAAUCCCUGGUUAAGGUGAGAAAAAUAAUUGUUCUUUAAUAAUUUGUGUUUGGUCACCUCACCAUUUCAAUGUUUUAAUACAAUCCACAGUACUACAUACAAUAUAUUCUGCAAACAUGGUAUCUUACGUUAGUACUCUAGAAAAUGCAGAACCAUUAUUAAUUACAAUAAUUAACGCAAAAUCAGUUUAUGAAAGCUGGAUGAAAUUGACUAUUAUGCUGUAUGUGAAAAUGUUUUCUGUAAAACCUCUUUUUACAGGUUGAAAGGGUAUUUAUCCAUUUGAAGAGAUUUGGCCAGAGUCUGUAGAAUAGAGUAAGCGGCCUCAUGAUAUAGAUUAUUUAAUACAAAUAGAUAUUAUUUCUUCUUACUGUCCAAUUUGGAAACAAAUCUGUACUGAUCUCAAAUUUGGAUUUUUAUUUCUAUUUUAUAUUUAUUUCUAUCCUAUAUUCAUUUGACAUGGUGUAUUGUGCUGAUAGAUUGAAAGGCUAAAUAGUAUCAUUACAGAAGCAACAGAGUCAUUACAAAACAGUGUUAUUACAAAAUGAAAAAAAUAGAAUAUUCAAGGAUGUAAUUGAUAUGUAUGUGAACAGGUUAUUCAUCCAAGGAGAAAUCUGAUUGCCAUUAUGGAGUAAAAAAUUAUUUUUGUGCCAUAAUUGGAAAUAGUUAACUGUGACUUUAUAAGUUUAGACCUAAUGAGACGAUAAGAUUAUCCUCAUUCAUUCCAUGAACUUAUAACUGCAACAAAAUAUAAAAAUAUCAUGGAUCAAAAUGACUCCCGUUUUCGAUAUACUUUUGAAGUGAAUUCCUAUUUUGAAAAACGUAUCUUCAUAUUUUUAUAUUUUUUACAUAUUGAUAUAUAUUUUUUAAUAUAUGAUAGAUUUUCUUGAUAUUUUAUCAUUUGAAAAAAACAAUACCUUUUUUUUUGUUUGUAAAAAAGAAAAAUACUAUGAAAAAAAUAAAAAAUAAAUAAUUUAUAAAAAAAAAAAACUUUAUCUAAAAAUAUUCAAUCGUUUGAUAAGGUUAUUUCAAAAUAUUAACUCAAGGCAAAGUUUUUUUUUUUGCAUCUUAAUAGACAGAAUUAUAGUGGAUCACAUUCACACUAUAUUCCGAAUGCUAAAAAGUUGCAUGUCAUUUGUUGAUUAUGAAAUGACCCCAAAAAACUAGAAGAGUAACAUCAUGGGUGAGCAGUGCAAACAAACAUUUGGCAACGUUAUAAGGUUAACCGUGGUGGAUCUAGUAUUAAAGUUUCUACUUGAAUUAGCAUUUGGUGUAAAUGUAUUUUGGGUGUGAAGUAUAGUGUAAUAGGUUGGAUUGGCCAAGCCACAAUCAUAUCUAGAGGUUUCAAUUGUCAAAUGCCCAGUUUGUAUUACUCCUUACACACAUUAUAUGAAUAAACUAAAUUAUAUUAAUCAGCAUGCACUUUGAUAUAGUUAAGGUGCUGAUGAAGCCCUAGAGAAUCACGGAAAGGAUACUAUGUGUAAAUUAACCAUUGAUUUUCCUGUGUGCCUGUCCACAGCUAAGCAAGCAAUAUGGACCAGUGUACACAGUUUAUUUGGGCAGCCAGCGUGCCGUCAUGCUUAUUGGGUGUGACACGGUGAAAGAAGCUCUGGUGGAUCACAGUGAUGUGUUUAGCGACAGUGGAAACUUACGUCUGAGUGAUUUAUUGUUCAAAGAUUAUGGUAAUAAACAAAAAUUAAAGCUCACUUUUUAAAAAUGUAAUUUUUUUACAAUUAAACUUAGUAUAUUGAAUUUUUUAUUACAUCUCUAUGCCUCUGCUGUUCUGGCCUAGGUUAAUUGUAUUUUAAAAAAAGAUAGCAUAAGAUAAUUGAGUGUGGAUAGGCCAUCAUCAUUUACCAUGAGUUACUGAAGAAUACUCAAUUCUUUACUGAGUCAAUAAAGACAGUUUCCAGAAUUCUAACUGAUCUUCCAUGUUAUCCAUUUUUACACAUGCCUCAUUAUUAUCCUUUAUAUAUUUUGCAGCAAAUACCAGUCUUUGAUAUUAACAUUUCUCUGAGAAAGAGUAAGAAAAGGAAAGAUUACAGUAAGAAGGAAAUGAGAAUUAAAAAAAGCAUGGAAAGAGCAACAGAGAGAUAGAUAAACCACUUUAAGAUAAUUAAGAUAUGAUUAACUCAUCACUGUUUCAAUCCCGAGAUAUGUGCAUGGUGAGAAAUAUUGGUUGUGCAGAAUCAUUUUUUUCCAAAGAUAUUUAUUGGAAAACUUAAAAUUUGCCCAUGUGUUGGCUUGCCUCAGCCAAGUGUUGAUUCAGAAACAGGAUCUGAAGAACAAACCAAAAAGUUGUGAAAAUAGGCCAUAACAUUAAAACCACCUGCCGAAUAUUGUGUAGCUUCUUCUCAUGCUGCCAAAACAGCUCUGAAGUGUCGAGGCAUGGACUCCACAAGAGCUCUGAAUGUGUUGUAUGGUAUCUGGCAGAAAGACAUUAGCAGCAAAUCAUUUAAGUCCUGCAAGUUAUGAGGUGUGUCCUCCAAGAAUCAAAUUUGUUCUUCCAGCACACCCUACAUAUGCUCAAUUGGGCUGAGUCUGGAAAUUAGAGGCCAAUGCAACAUUUUGAAUUCUUUGACAUGUUCCUCAAACCAUUCCCGAACAUUUUUUUGCAGUGCAGAAAGGUGCAUUAUCCUGCUGAAAGAGCCCACUGCCAUCCAGGAACAACAAUGUCAUGACGGGGUGUAUGGGGACUGUAACAGUCUCUAGUGUAACAUCCACAUGAAUGCCAGGACCAAGGUUUCCCAGCAAAACAUUGCAUAGAGAAUAAGCUGCCUAUGCCGGGCUAUCUUCUUUCCAUAGUGCAUCCUGCUGUCACCUCUUCCCCAGGUAAAUUACGUACAUACACCAGGUCAUCCACCUAAUCUAAAAGAAAAUGUGAUUCAUCAGACCAGGCAAACUUCUUCCAUUGCGCAAUGGUCCAGCUCUGAUACUCACGUCCCUUCCAAAGGACUUUGAACAGAUGUCAUCAUGGGCACUCUGACGUCAGCAGCUAAGAAGCCCCAUAUGCAGCAAACUAUGAUGCACUGUGAGUGUUUUGACACCUUUUGAUCAUGGCCACCUUUAAGGGUUUUAGCAAUUUGAGCUAAAGUAUUUUUGAUUGGACGAGACAGGCUGUACUUUGCUCCCCACACGCAUCAAUGAGUUUUGAGCACUCAGUAUCCUGACACAGUCUCAUCAGUUGUCCGUCCUUACAUCACUUUUUGUAGAUGCUAACCAUUACUGGGAACACCUCACAAGACUUGUCAUUAUGAGGAUGCUCUGACCUGGUUGUCUAACCAUCACUGUUUGGCCCUUUGGCCAAAGUCACUCAGAUCUUUUCACAUGCCCAUUUUUCCUGCUUCCAACACAUGAAAUUCAAGAACUGACAGUUCACUUGCUGCCUAAUGUAUCCAUCACUUGACAGGCACCAUUGUAAUGAUAUAAUCAGUGGUUUUAAUGUUGUGGUUGGUCAGUGUUAAUAUUAUGUAUAAUUUGUGCAGUGUGUAGAUUAAUCUUCCUUCCAUUUGGUUCACAGAUUUAUUGAGACAUACAGGGAGUGCAGAAUUAUUAGGCAAGUUGUAUUUUUGAGGAUUAAUUUUAUUAUUGAACAACAACCAUGUUCUCAAUGAACCCAAAAAACUCAUUAAUAUCAAAGCUGAAUAUUUUUGGAAGUAGUUUUUAGUUUGUUUUUAGUUAUAGCUAUGUUAGGGGGAUAUCUGUGUGUGCAGGUGACUAUUACUGUGCAUAAUUAUUAGGCAACUUAACAAAAACAAAUAUAUACCCAUUUCAAUUAUUUAUUAUUACCAGUGAAACCAAUAUAACAUCUCAACAUUCACAAAUAUACAUUUCUGACAUUCAAAAACAAAACAAAACAAAUCAGUGACCAAUAUAGCCACCUUUCUUUGCAAGGACACUCAAAAGCCUGCCAUCCAUGGAUUCUGUCAGUGUUUUGAUCUGUUCACCAACAACAUUGCGUGCAGCAGCAACCACAGCCUCCCAGACACUGUUCAGAGAGGUGUACUGUUUUCCCUCCUUGUAAAUCUCACAUUUGAUGAUGGACCACAGAUUCUCAAUGGGGUUCAGAUCAGGUGAACAAGGAGGCCAUGUCAUUAGAUUUUCUUCUUUUAUACCCUUUCUUGCCAGACACGCUGUGGAGUACUUGGACGCGUGUGAUGGAGCAUUGUCCUGCAUGAAAAUCACGUUUUUCUUGAAGGAUGCAGACUUCUUCCUGUACCACUGCUUGAAGAAGGUGUCUUCCAGGAACUGGCAGUAGGACUGGGAGUUGAGCUUGACUCCAUCCUCAACCCGAAAAGGCCCCAAAGCUCAUCUUUGAUGAUACCAGCCCAAACCAGUACUCCACCUCCACCUUGCUGGCGUCUGAGUCGGACUGGAGCUCUCUGCCCUUUACCAAUCCAGCCACGGGCCCAUCCAUCUGGCCCAUCAAGACUCACUCUCAUUUCAUCAGUCCAUAAAACCUUAGAAAAAUCAGUCUUGAGAUAUUUCUUUGCCCAGUCUUGACGUUUCAGCUUGUGUGUCUUGUUCAGUGGUGGUCGUCUUUCAGCCUUUCUUACCUUGGCCAUGUCUCUGAGUAUUGCACACCUUGUGCUUUUGGGCACUCCAGUGAUGUUGCAGCUCUGAAAUAUGGCCAAACUGGUGGCAAGUGGCAUCGUGGCAGCUGCACGCUUGACUUUUCUCAGUUCAUGGGCAGUUAUUUUGCGCCUUGGUUUUUCCACACGCUUCUUGCGACCCUGUUGACUAUUUUGAAUGAAACGCUUGAUUGUUCGAUGAUCACGCUUCAGAAGCUUUGCAAUUUUAAGAGUGCUGCAUCCCUCUGCAAGAUAUCUUACUAUUUUUGACUUUUCUGAGCCUGUCAAGUCCUUCUUUUGACCCAUUUUGCCAAAGGAAAGGAAGUUGCCUAAUAAUUAUGCACACCUGAUAUAGGGUGUUGAUGUCAUUAGACCACACCCCUUCUCAUUACAGAGAUGCACAUCACCUAAUAUGCUUAAUUGGUAGUAGGCUUUCGAGCCUAUACAGCUUGGAGUAAAACAACAUGCAUAAAGAGGAUGAUGUGGUCAAAAUACUAAUUUGCCUAAUAAUUCUGCACUCCCUGUAGUAACCAAUAGAGGGGAUCCAGUAGUAGCAGAACAAUAAUCUAUGUUUAUAUAUUAUAUGAACAGUGUAUUACAUAUGUAAUAUACACAGUAAAUAUAGACUAUUUUAGUGCUCCUCCUGUUUUUCCCUCUAAUGCUCCCUACUCACAUAAUUUGUGAAUAAAAUCAACAUUAAUAUUUUGACUCAGAGCUCGGAAGUUUUGCCUAUCAUUCAAUCAGCCCAAAUUUGGCUGAAAUGCAAUUCAGUCCAAAACGAAUCUCUAAGUCUAAUAUUCCCUGAAACUUAAGCUUCCUAACCUUAAGUCCUCCUUAAAUACCUUUUUCAUCAUGUUUCUAGGCGUCAUCCUGAGCAAUGGAGAGAGGUGGAAGACGAUGCGUUGAUUCUCUCUCAUGACGUUGAGAAAUUUCGGAAUGGGGAAGAGAAGCAUUGAGGAAAGAAUCCAAGAGGAAGCUCGCUCUCUCACAGAUGCCUUCAGAAAGUACAAAGGUUGGUAUUUAUUUUUGAAAGGUAAUUAAUAAAAGUUUGAUUAUAUCAUGGAGCAUACAGUUCUCCCUCGGAGUUUAAAUGUAGAUAACAAGCAAUGCAACAGAAAAUCGUGACUAAUACAGUUACUCUCUAAUACAUAGGUGUUAACACCUGAUUAAAGUUAAUUGGUCCAUCUAAGUUGCUCCUUUCCUGUGUCAAAGAACAGGUGUUUUGGUUGUUUAUAUUCUAAUCUCAGGACAACAGUGUUGAAGUAAACUUUACUCGCAAGUUGGAGUAAAUUUGGGAUUAAUAAUAAGCAAUUCAGUAAUCUUUAUUAAUAGAGGCUAAUCAAACAAAGAAACAAUACAUUUACAUUUGAGGGUGGAAUGGGGCUUGUAUAAGAACACAAUGGGGCUUGUAUUAGAACACAAUAACACUUCAUUGGCAUACAGUUUGAUUGUUAAUUAUUAUUAUUAUUUUAUUAUUUAUAUAGCGCCAGCAAAUCAGUCCCCCCACUUAUUACAAGUGUAUAUAAUGCAGGCCUACCUUCGGCUGUAGUUCUACCACCUUCAUUCUACCUCUUGGUGUACCUCUACCAAUAUCAGCCUAACUUCAAUUGUUUCUCCAUCACCUUUGCUGGAUGCUUAUUCCAUAUAACUACAACUAAAUCUGAAGCCAGUAUUUCCUGUUCUAGUUUCCCUUUCUUUGCAUUACCUUAUCUGUAACUAUAAAGUAGUCUAUGAGUUUAACAACUAGAUUUGAGCAUUUGAAUUGUACCUUUAUAUAGAACUCUGUAAGUAUAUUUAUCUUUCUAAAAACUGAAUUAUAUAAAUUUUACUAACAUUUUAAUAUUGCCCAGAAUAGACAACCCAUUUGACCCUAUAGUUCUGCUUGGACAGGCCGUCUCCAAUGUUAUUUGCUCUGUGGUGUUUGGUGAGCGAUUUGACUAUGAAGACAAGAAAUUUGAAAAACUUCUGUUCUACAUUAGGGAAGUCUUGAGACAGUUAAAUUCAUUUUCUGGCCAGGUAAGUACUGUCACUAUGACAAUGAUUUCUUUAUUGAGCUGUCUUCUGUACUGCUUGGGAUGUAUAUUGACUGACUAGAGCAGUGGUAAUGUCAACUCCUUGGAACUGAUGAACACAGUUUUGAAUCCUGGUCAAAUAGUGUCCAUAGGCAUGACACCUAAUGAUAUAUCUCUGCCUAACUCAACACCCUCAUGGCUUGCAAGUUCUAUCUAUCUUACAAAAUGGGGAUAAAAAACAUGUUUACUUGUAUUAGCACUCUUUAACAAAUUAGCAACUUUUCCUUUUUGUAAAUAUGUACCUUUUGUGUUUUAGCUCCUCCAGUUAUUCCCAGUUGUACUGAGUGUCAUCCCUGGCCCUCACAAGAAAGUCUUCACAAAUAUCUAUACACUGAGAGCUUUUGUCAAAGACAUGAUGAAAUCUCAUGUAGAAACAUUAGAUAAAAACUGUCCAAGGGACUUAAUAGACUCUUUCCUGAUAAAGAUGAAUGAGGUAAGCAUCUUCAAAAUAAUCAUUCCUUUUUGCUUAGAAUAAUUCUAGAGAAAACAAUUUAAAUACAACAUCUGAAAUUCUUCUAGGAAAAAAAUAAUCCCAAUACGGAAUUUCAUGAUGAAAAUUUAAUUGGAACAGUUAUAGAUUUGUUUUUUGCCGGGACAGAGACCUCCAGCACAACUUUAAGAUACGGUUUCCUGAUUCUGCUCAAGCACCCAGAGAUACAAGGUAGUUCAUAUAUAUUGUUUUAUUUUAUAUUCUUUAUUUUUGCUGUGCAAAAAAAGUACAUACAGGCUUGUGAUGCCGCAAGAGCAAAUGUUUUGGUAAUAUUCAUAGGUUUACAUAGUCAUGACAAAGGAAGACACAGAUUUUAUGAAAAAAUAAUACCAAUUAACAGGUUAAGCAGGCUUGUUUAACUGGUGGACACAUUGAGCAUGAGACACAAGCUGGCUAUUGAGUUGUUGGAUACUAAGUGUGUGACGAAGUGCCCUUCGCCACUUGGUCCUGGAGAGGCCUGCUUGCCAGCCUCCUGCCUUGUGACUAUGGUCCCUGGGAGACUUUGCCAGUUAAAAACACUAUGUGGACAUAUUGGUGUUUUAAAAGUCUGUUAUGGCCCUUUAAAUGGUACUGGCACAAUUCUGCAACUUUAAAUUGGCACUUCGGAUGCAGCUGAAGUGCCGAAGUAGUCGAAGUGGCCGCCAUUCGACAACCGAACACAUGGCGGUAGCCAUCUUUAUUUUGUCGAACGCGGUCAGCGGUGUGUGCCGUCAAAUUCAUGGAACUAAAAUCGGCUACAAAACGGCAUGAACACCGCUGAAGUUUUACCUUCCCUGAAACGAAUGCAUUUGACAAUUCAAACGCCGUUCGACAGUUCAUUCGACAAUUAGAAUGGUUGUCGUUCGUCUGUUUCAACUGACUUUAACAUGGGAAAUAGACUGGCCGUGCAGCCUGAUUCUCUGAAACUGUUUUGGGCAUGAAAAUGUGUGUGCGGUCGUUCAUAAAGAGACUUCCAUGGAACCUUUAAACCACUGGAGGAAGAUGUCUGAUUUUUGGAUAUGUUUAUACUUGAAAUAUGCUGAGUUCGAAUAUGUAACUUUUAUUAAUAUUGCAUGUGUACUUUUAAAGUUAUAGGAGUUGUAUAAAAUCUGUAUUUUUCUUUCCUGUGAUAAUUACAUUAGCCCAUUGUGUACAGUAAUUAUAUCACAGGGGAGGAUUUUGCUGGAAUGAAUGGGAGCGUUUUACUGUAUUGUACAUGUUUGAUUGGCUGUUCUACAAACCCAUGUAGGUGGUACUUUGUGUGUAAAACUUGCAUAAAAGAAAGCCCUUUGGUGCCACUUAAACAGAUCUUCUUGACCCUCAACAUGUAGUCUUGUCUCGAGAUUGGAGAGGACAGCUAUAAUCACACUGGGAAUUGCUAUGCUCUGCAUACUCCCUUGAGCUUUAAUCACUUAGCUCUUCUAAGACCUGUUCCUGAUACGCUCUCCUGGAGGAGAGGUCUUCCCCACACGGUCCUGGAUGUCAGAGGUUCAUACAGGAUGGAAGGAAGAAGUCUUUCCCACACGGUCCUGGAAGACAGAAGCUGAUCCACGGUGGAAGGAAAAUGGCAAGACUACCAGUUAAACUAUAGUGAUUGUGGAGUCUGCGGUGGUUGUGGUGUGCAGUGCUUGUGGUCCUCGGCACACGCUAGGAAGCUUCCAUCAACGGAAGGUACUCGGUCGGAGUACGGAUGAGUCCAUUACACUAAGCUACUGCUGCUGUAAGCGCGGUGCUUUAUCUUUGUGUUUGUAUAUGAUGUUUGUAUCACACAGCUAUGUUACAUUGCUGCCAGCCACCCCAUGUUUGUCUUAUUGGGAGUUUGUAAGUAUGUAGGGGCAGCACCCCUUCCUGUCUCAUCAGAGAAAUUUGCCUUUUAGCUGAUACCAGCAAGGUGAUUUGUAUGUGUUAUUGCCCUAUUCAGGGUUAAGUAUGUGGGGGUUUAUAAAACACCCCUUCCUGUCUCAUUAGAGAUGUUUACACUUUGUCUGAUGCCAGCAAAGUUUAUUGUAUGUGUAGAAGCCCUAUAAAGGGUUAAAUGUGAAAGGGUUUAUAAAAUACCCCUUCCUGUCUCAUUGGAGAUUCUUGGCUGAUAUCAGCAUAUCUAAUGGCUAGUGUAGGACUCACCUAUUGAGGCUUGCCUUGACAUGGCAGGUGAGCUUAUUUAUUCAAAUGGCCAUUGGAAUAAACCUAAAGAACCUCCAUUUUGUUUAAAUGUACAUAGAGAUUUAGGCCAGAGUGCAGGUAACGUUCUCUUUGUUUUUACUAUGUAUUUUAAGCUGUUGGAUACUAAGCUACUGCUGCUGUAAGCGCGGUGCUUUAUCUUUUUGUUUACAUAGUCAUGACAGAGAAAGAAUUUGUGCAGAUUUUAUGUAAAAUAAUACUAAUAAUUAGGUUAAGCAGGAUUGUUUAACUGGUGGACACAUUGAGACACAAGCUGGCUGUGCGUUAUAUGUAUCGUAAGUGAGGUUCAGGAAUAGGCAAAGCUGGUUGAGCUAGACAAUUAUAGGCAAGUACCUGGGCACCCAAACUUGCUAGCUAAACAUGCUACACACGGAACUAAGUGACCAUGACGAGUAAAAUGCUUGUCGAAUAAUAAUAAAAAGAAAUAAAGACAGUGCUAGAAAACAUGCCGGGCCAACAAGAUAUUAGAAUAAUUAGUUAAGGUAAUGGCUUGCUAACUGAUAUAAAAAAAAAGCUUUUAAAACCACUUGAUCCUGAAAACGUUGAAAAGACGUAAUGCAAGGACUGAGAAUAAAAAAGUUCCUGCAUUGCUGGAAAUGAACUUGCUAUGUUUUAACAAGAACCACAUUAACUAGUAGUCACCCAAUACCACAAGUGGGCAACAGCAAGGAGUUCAGCAACAGUGGGUCCCCAAGAUUUUCCUGUCCUCGAACUAGUAGACCGGCUAACUGCACUCCGUCUCAACGCCUUGGCUGAACACUGCUGUCAGGGUAGUUUCUGAUUCGUUGUCUCUUGUGGUGUGCGCGACUGUAGGCACUUCCAUGAGAGUGCGACUUAAACUGUGGCCUCUGUAGCCUCUAGGGCCUCCGGGUUAGGGCCCAUCUCCAUCAUCAGGUGCCCCACUGCACUGGGAACAUGAACAAGAUGUGGUUGCUGAGGUAAGGGAGGGAGAUGAGCAAAGGGACCUGAACACCUCUUUUCCGCAUCUAGGUAGAAAGGAGAUUAAGAGAUCAGCUGCUUCACCAUGCCUCCACCUCCAAGAAGACCAUUGGUAGGCUGCAGGAUCCGUUGUCUGAGAUUUCUCUACAGUUGUGUGAGAGGGCUAUGCUGAUCUUGUCACCUUUGUGUUAAUUAGUGAGAAUUACUAACUUCCUGACUGAAAUUAUUGAACCGAAAGUCCAUUAAAUUCAGUAAACUCCAGAUAUCUUUCGGAGCUCAAACAAAGUGUGAAUGCUUAGCAUGGCAGUCAGCCCCCCCACCUCACCACAAGUAGUUCAUAUAUUAACAUCACUUAAUAUUCUGUCACACAAUAAUUUCCUGUUCAUAGAACAGGUAAUUUGAAAACCUGAAUCAUUUUAUUGUCCAAGACUUCCUAAGUAGAAAAAAACAAAAGUUAUAUAACAUUUUUGAAAUUAUUAAAUAUUAAUAUGUAUCAUUUGUAUUGUUGUUAUUAAUAUUAUUACCUAUGUUUGUUUUAUUCUUUAUAUGUCUUUUAAUUUUGAUUUUUUUUACAUGUGCUUUUUCUUUAUUUUGUCUUUAGAAAAGGUCCAAGAAGAGAUUGACAGUGUAAUUGGCCAAGAUCGUUCUCCAUCAAUGGAGGACCGGAGUAAGAUGCCGUAUACUGAUGCUGUGAUUCAUGAAAUCCAGAGAUUUGCUGAUAUUGUCCCUGGAGGUCUUGCCCAUGCAGCCAGUAAAGAUAAAACCUUCAGAGGAUAUCACAUUCCCAAGGUCAGUAAACUUUAAAACAAGCAUUGGAAAGUAACACAUAUAACAUAUAGUAUUCAUAUAAUAAUAUAUACAUAAAACAUCUAUGUCAGUUUCAAAAGCAAGAAAAUCUCUAAAAUAUUUACAUUUUUUACACAUAUUAUAUUUUCUUAAGUUUAUUUAAUGAAUAGCUAUUUCAUUUUGAAUGUUUACCUUUCUGAAUGCUCACAGUGGUGCAUCAGUAUUAGUCAAUGCAAAUGCAAUUCAUUGAACACACCCACGAAGCUGUCAUUUUUUGGAAAGCUACCCUGAGUACUGUUUAUCAGUGCGAGUAUGGAGACUGCAGCCAAGAGUGAAGGUGGUAUUGCAUAGCCCUCCAGACAAAUUUUUGUAGACCCUCAGUUGCAUGCCCUACAUAUUCUGUGUUUUGAUAUAAUUUUUAAUAUGUGAGUCAACAGCUUCUUGACCAAGGAGGAAUCUGAUUGCCAUUCUGGGGUCAAGAAACAAUGUUUUUUCCCAAUUAAAAAAUCACUGAAGCCAAUCUUCAUAAAACAUUCAACAGAUAAAUAGUAUCAAAAUAAGCAGGAACAACGUUUUUACGUUAAUUUACAUUGGUGUCUACAAACUGAAUAUUAUUUUAUCUUCUCUAGACUAUAAGCUCAUUUGAGCAGAAACCUCAUCAACCUAUUGUUCCUUUAACAUUUUGUAAGUGCCUCAUUUAUUGUUAAAAUAAUAUUGUAAAGUGCUGCGGAAUAAUUAGAUGAUGCUGUAUAAAUGAUAAUAAUAAUAGUGAUAAGUCAGUAAUUUUUCAGAGAUUUCUAAGACAGUAAUACAUGGUAAAAACUGUGUGUUAUAUACACCCACCCCAGUCAUACCGUGGAGCGCUAUAAAUACUUACCCUUCCAAUGUGGGUAAGGUACAGUGACCUAAAAUAAUGAACACAUAUAUGGUCCAAUAUAGCCAAUAUUGUGCAGUGAAUAUAACUCUAAACAGUACGCUCACAUUUGGCUAAGCCCAAUAGGAGAGGCUCAGAUCACAUGAACGGAUGUGCACUAUGGUGAUACUGCCCCUCCUCCUCUGAGCUUUGAUGUGCUUAUAAUACAUAGAGUUGGAAAAAUACUUAGUGCAAUAUGUCAAUUCAAUAAAGUGCACAGUAUACAAAGUUGCUGACUGCUCACCUUCUCCAGAGCCUAUUAUACUUGGCUCCUAGUGUGUAGACCCUUGUUUCUGUUAGGGGACACAAACCCUUCUUUCGAAAUAGGGCCAAAUAGUUGGAUGGAGGGCAAAGGAAUGAUAUAAAAUAUACUGUUUAUUACAAAUCAAUACAACAAAAUAUGAAAGAAAUAUAAAUCAAAUGAUAAUAUCCUCCAGUAGCACUCCCAAGACCGUUUCGCCAGUACAGAGGCUUUUUAAUUGGUAUAAUGUCCAACAGGUCUGGUUCUUGUUUUAAAAGUCGAUGUUCAUCCAUAUUGGUUUACUUCUUAAAUGUCCAUUUAAUCAUUUUGCUUCACGAUUAUGUAAUUCAGUUUGGAUAUAACUGUUCCGGAAGUGACCCAACAAAAAUUGCACUUUGCCACUUCCAGUUCUCGAUCUGCCAUCUUUGAAGAGGGAAAAGUGCAGAUAAAUGUUUUAGUCGGAUGUGAUGCGAUGGUGUCCUUGCGGCACAACCUCCGAUUCCUGUAUGUCCAUAUUGGAGCUGAGCUAAAUCAUUGACAUCUAUCUUUUUAGUCCCAAAUGUCGAAUAAUCUGUUUAAAUAAUAAAAUUAUUAAUUAUUAUUAUUAAUUAUUAAGUUCAUAUAGUCCCCAAAUGUUCAUAAUGAAACAAUAGAAGAAGGGAAAAAAGAAAAUAUUAUAAAACAUACACUUCUUGAAUCUUACCUCAUAAAAGGAGAUCGAACAGUGAUCAGCUAUUUAAUUAAUAAAAAAUAUAACCAUGGUGUCUUUACUAAGGAUACAAGGUCAGUCAGGAAGUAUUUGAAAAGCUUAAAAAAGGACAAAUCAAAAUGAAGCCUCAUGCCUUCUUAAGGACUAUACGUAUGGCCUGUGACUUUCCUGCUACAUUUAGCUUUCUUAUUUUAAACAGUUAAUUAGCAGGUAAACAGGUUCACAUCUGUCUUGAGAAUGUGAUUUGUUGCAGAAUUUAUACAGAAUAACAUUGUUUAAGGCUAUGUUUGCUGGAGUUUAUCAGCUAUUACUGAAAUAUUGGUAAUACUGCUUUGUAAAUUACAUACGGAUCAAAUGCAAUUGUUGUCAGACUGUUUAAUUUAUCUCACCACGGAGGUCCAGGUCAUGGCAGUUUACAGAAAGAGAUAACUCAGAGCAAGGGUUGCUUUUUAUUUAAUAAUUUACCUGGUAUCAAUCUAGAGGUACACAAUGCUUCUAAAAUUAGAUUCGGGAGGAUACACAAUGUGCCAGCAUAUAUACCAGGUAAUUAAUGGCAGAGGCUUUAUAGUACUUUGCAUAUUGUAUCAGGGAUAACGUUAUUUUCAUUAAUAUUAGGAAUAAUAUUUAUAAAUGCUCCUUGAUCCUUUGUACACCUUCUCCUGGACACAUUGUAAAUGUAAAUGUAAAUCCAUACCACCUGUGACAGACCCAUCUGUCUGGAUUAUAACUGCGUUGUUCGUCUGUUUUGCCGUUUUCAUGAAUUUCCCCGUUCGUAUGCUUUGUUUAAGAGAAUGUCGGUUUUGUCGAACGGAACUACCGAACGGACGGCCACCCAGAAGAGAAGUGUGCUGCUGGUUAACCUACUGAUCCCAAUUAGAACGUUGCGGUUAACCACAGACACUUCUCAAUUAAAAACCGAAUGCCGGGUGGUCGUCGUUCGUAUGUCGACCACGAGGCGGCGGCCAUUUUGUCCAUGCGAACGACCAGCGGUGUUCAACGAUUAUUUCAUGGAUCGGAAAACGGACACUUUUUCAGCCGAACACCGCUGAAGCCGUCGACCUCCCCUUCUCAAUCGACAAAAGCAUGCGAACGACAGCCGUUCGGGAGAUUCAACCACACGAAUGGACGUAACCCAGAUAGCCGUCCCAUGGAGUCAAUCGCAUACCGAAGAACUGAAAGAGACUUUGACUCCAUGGCGAUUGAACUGUGCGAAUGGGAUCUGAGCGCUAUUCUCCAAUAAUGUGCCCUCAGAUCCAGGCUAUCUGGGGAUAUGCAAGACUGAUGUAAAAUGUUCAGCAGUUAUUAAGUUAUGGAUUUUUGUGUGUUUUUGUAACUUGUAUCUAAAAUGGCGAUUGCCUCUGCUCGGGGAGAUAAUUGAAUUACUUCCCAAUUAUCCCCCGAGCAGAGGGGAGGGAACUGUACUGCAUGCUGGGAAUAUUGUGGGGAUGUAUGUCCAGAAUGUCCCCAUGUCCCUCUGUGAUUUCAGUCUCCCAUUUGGUCCCCUAGGGGAGUGUCCACCAAGUGGGAGACCUGCAUAAAUACCGGGCAGGUAGCCCACAGUAAACCAGUUCGUGUUUUACCCUCAAAGCGGAGCUUGGUCUCGUAUUGGGGGGAUUUGGAUACCAGCGGCGAGAGACUGCUUACUUGGAUUAUUUGCCGCUUGGGAGAUAUUGUCGUUCGGUUAUUAAUUGCCGUUCGUGGAUUUGCGGCUUGCGAAGGGAAUCAGCCGUACAGGUACCGUUUGGAGUUUGGAGUGUUCCCUGGCUGGCGGUUCGCCUGGUUUUAUUAUACCCGCUACCCGACCACAUUAUUGCGAACGGGGAAUACUCGCUAAACGGCGGUUUGUACAUUUCGUUCCUGGAGGUACCGUAACAACUGGUGGCAAGCGACGGGAUGAUCCUCAACGCCCAAAGAGACCAUUACAACCAGGACUAAAUGGAAUUACAAUACCAAAACCUGAGGAGGGCUACCCUAAAGGAUUUAUUGGAGCAAAGAGGGGGACAAGCCAGUAACCCCAGGAAGAGGGAUAUUAUUGCGUUAUUGCUGGAAAUGGAUGGAGUACCAGCGGCAGAGGGAACCAAUGGACCCAGCGCAGCUGACAGAACCCCCGAGGAGGCAAGCUUUGACCGGGCGGUAAGAAUCAGGCUGGCACAUUAUGGUCCCAACCCGACUACAGAGACCAUUGACCGGGUCAUGGCAGCUGUGGAGGCCAACCUGCUUCGCCAAAGCGGUGCUGCAGCAGCCCCAGUCACAGCAAACCCGGGGGAUAGGAAAAAGGUACCAUUCACUGCGUUUAAAGCCUUCAGUGAAACAGAAGGAGAGAUCGAUGGGUACCUUGCUGAUUUUGAGCGGCAAUGUGCCCUGCACAAGGUACCCCUGGAAGAUUGGGUCACUAUAUUGUCCGGCAAGUUAUCCGGCCGGGCCAGCGAGGCAUUUCGAGCCAUUCCUGAUGAGGAGAUUGGGGAUUAUGUGGCCGUCAGGGAAGCUUUACUCUCCCGGUAUGCCGUUACACCUGAGGCAUACCGGAGGAGGUUCCGAGACACCGUCAAGACCUCUGGGGACUCAUACGUGGAAUGGGCAUGUAAGGUGCAUCGCACAGCCGCCCACUGGAUGGCGGGGUGCCAGGCUGUGUCCGGAGAAGAGGUGUUGCAGAUGUUUCUUUUGGAACAUUGUUUUGAUAAAUUGCCAGCAGGGGUCAGAGAGUGGGUAAGGGACCGUAAACCCUCCACUCUGCACGAAGCAGCUCGCCUGGCAGAUGAGUAUACUGACGCCCGCAAACUGGACAGUCUCAUCAGCAAGGCUCCCGCCAGAGUGGAAUACAGGCCAACAGCACCAAUAGCAGCCAACCUAUACCAGCCUCCCAUGAAUCGCCCAUCGGCACCGCCUCCAUCUGCCCCGUACCAACAGCCACCUCGGUUCAACUCACAGGAGUAUGCCCAACCCAUUCGGUGCUACCUGUGCAAGCAACUAGGGCACAAGCGACCCGAGUGCCCGAUGAACAGCGCCAACCAGAACCAGUCCUGGAGGAGACCAGCCGGCGGCAAUCCACGACCCCCCAUCCCAGCCGCUCACUGUGUAGAGGAAGAGGAGUGCUGGGGCAUCCUGCAUGAGGCAGACCCCGUUCAGGCUGCCCACCGGGAUGUGUAAAAGUCAAUGGGAAGGAGGUCAGUGGUCUACGGGAUACCGGGGCAACCAUGACUUUGCUCCAGAAACACCUGGUAUCCGAAGCCCAACAUACAGGGGACACGGUCGCCGUACGAGUAGCUGGAGGUGCCGUGUUCCGUCUGCCCGUUGCCCGGGUACAUUUGGAUUGGGGAGUGGGCGCUAGACAUGUGAAUGUGGGGGUCAUGAAGGACUUACCAGCGGAUGUCCUCCUUGGCAAUGACUUGGCGCCCCUUGUUUCCGCCUACGCUCCCAUGGGUCCUGCUGAAGUGGACGCUGUCACGACCCGUGCCCAGACCCGUGCCGCCGAGACCGGCCCACCUGCUGUUGAGACCCAGGUAAGACUCUCUACCCCGACUUGUACCUUAGACCAGGCCCCUUUAGGCUGGGAUACCCCAGAGAUAUACGGGAAGGAAACCAGGGAAGACCCGACGCUAGCAAAGUACAGGGCCAGGGCCGAUUCUGGGGGAGAAGGAGUAGAUGGGGAGCACUACGAGUGGGUGGGGGAUAGACUCUACAGGAUCCCGAAACCGCCCCAGAAGCCGAAUACCCCUCCGCAGAAUCGACAGCUAGUGGUGCCCGCAAAAUACCGGCAGGAGAUUCUGCGGAUUGGGCAUGAUGUGCCAUUAGCCGGCCAUCUAGGUUCCCGCCGCACAGCUCAUAGGAUCACGCAAAAUUUCUUCUGGCCCAAUUUUAACCGAGAUGUGCGGGUCUAUUGUAGCACGUGUGACACCUGUCAACGGGUAGGUAAGCGGGGGGAUCACCCAAAAGCUAGGCUUCAGUCGAUGCCUAUCAUUGGAGAACCCUUUUCCCGCAUAGCCGUUGACAUUGUGGGUCCACUGGCCAGGGCUAGCCCAUCAGGUAAGAAGUAUAUUCUCACCGUGGUGGACUAUGCCACACGUUAUCCAGAGGCAGUAGCGCUGUCUAAUAUAGAGGCAGAGACGGUUGCUGAUGCCCUGGUUAAAAUCUUCACUAGGGUCGGGUUCCCUCAGGAGAUUCUCUCCGAUCAGGGAACCCAGUUCACCGCUGUGCUUACCCAGCAGCUGUGGAAGGUGUGCGGUAUUAAACCUCUGCUUAGCUCACCUUAUCACCCACAGACUAACGGUCUCUGCGAGCGAUUUAAUGGCACCCUCAAACAGAUGUUGAGGACCUUUACUGACACUUGCAGAGACUGGGAGCGAUUCCUGCCUCAUCUGCUAUUUGCAUACAGAGAGGUGCCUCAGGAAUCUACUGGGUUCUCCCCCUUUGAGUUACUCUAUGGGAGAAGGGUCCGUGGACCCCUAGAUCUCAUUAGAGGACACUGGGAGGGGGAGACAGAGCAAGAAGGGACCCCCAUAGUACCAUAUGUCCUGGAACUCCGGGACCGCAUGGAGAAACUGUCCCUGAUGGUAAGGGAGAAUCUCCAGGCGGCCCAGGGGAGAUAGAAACGGUGGUACGAUCGGGGUGCCCGACAGCGGAUCUUCCAGGUUGGGCAGGAGGUUCUGGUACUCAAGCCUGUGAAGACGAACAAGAUGCAAGCAUCUUGGCAGGGCCCGUAUAAAGUGUUAGCUCAGGUAUGCGAUACUACCUACCUUAUAGCCAGCUGUUCAGAUGAAAGGAUUCAGCGAUCCUUCCAUGUGAACAUGCUGAAGGAGUAUCAAGAACGACCAGAGGAUGUUGCGGCAGUAUGUGCCCCAGCUACUGACGACCCCGAGAACUUACCGUUACCUGACUUGCUAGAGAGGGACCCCCAGACAGACCUUACUAGUCUUGUACAGCUAGGGGACCGACUAAACCCGGCAGAGAAGGUACAGGCAAGACAAUUACUGUGGGAGAAGCAGGCCACGUUCUCCCAAGAACCCGGGUACACUACCCUAGCUGUACACAAGGUCGAGACACCCGGACAGAACCCCCUACGGCAACCCCCAUACCGUAUCCCUGAAGCAGUCCGAGAAGGAAUGCGGAAGGAGAUACAGGAAAUGACCAGGCUGGGGGUUAUCGAACAUUCGGACAGUCCUUGGGCCUCGCCUGUAGUUCUGGUGCCUAAGAAAGAUGGGACCACCCGGUUCUGUGUGGACUACAGGCGGCUCAACGAGCGGACCACCACUGACGCCUACCCGAUGCCCCGGGUAGACGAGUUAUUAGACCGUAUUGCCAGGGGGCGCUAUCUGACCACCAUAGACCUGUGCAAAGGUUAUUGGCAGAUCCCCCUGGCCGAGGAUGCUAUCCCUAAGUCGGCAUUCGUCACCCCAUUUGGCCUAUACCAGUUUAAGGUUAUGCCAUUUGGGAUGAAGAAUGCUCCGGCUACUUUCCAGCGUAUGGUGGAUAGGCUCCUCGAUGGCUUCCAGGACUUUGCAUGUGCAUACCUGGAUGACAUUGCGGUCUACAGUGAGUCCUGGGAAGACCAUUUAGUACACGUGGGGGUGGUGCUGGACAAGAUUCGGGCCCCAGGCCUGACCUUGAAGCCAGACAAGUGCCAUCUAGGCAUGGCAGAAGUACAGUACUUGGGUCACAGAGUAGGCUGUGGGAGCCAGAGACCGGAGCCAGCCAAGGUAGAGGCUGUAGCUAACUGGCCCACACCUAUCACCAAGACCCAAGUGCUAGCUUUCCUGGGGGCGGCAGGGUAUUACCGACGUUUUGUCCCCGACUACAGUACGGUUGCCAAGCCCUUGACUGACCUGACGAAGAAGAAUUUGCCUAAGCAGGUCCUGUGGUCUCCAGCUUGUGAAGCCGCGUUUCAGGCACUGAAGCAAGCUCUUGUUAAUGCCCCUGUCCUGGCUGCCCCAGUCCCUAACAAACGUUUUCUUGUACAUACAGAUGCUUCCAUGUAUGGACUGGGGGCUGUGCUAAGCCAGGUCGGGAAAGAUGGAGGAGAGCACCCUGUCGCAUACUUGAGCAGAAAGUUACUACCCCGGGAAGUAAGUUAUGCGGCAGUGGAGAAAGAGUGUUUAGCCCUGGUCUGGGCACUGAAGAAACUGAGCCCUUAUCUGUAUGGACAAGAAUUUUCCCUUAUUACGGACCAUAACCCCCUCGUGUGGCUUAACCGGGUCUCAGGAGACAAUGGCAGACUGCUGAGGUGGAGUUUGGCACUACAGCCAUAUAACUUCACCAUCAGCUACCGACCCGGUAAGCAGAAUGGGAAUGCAGAUGGGUUAUCUCGGCAAACAGACGUCCCUACUCCUCCUCAGUCCGGUCAUCCCCAAGUUGACCCGCCAAAGGGUCAAGCCGGGUCUGCCGGAGUGUUCCACAAGGGGGGAGCCGUGUGACAGACCCAUCUGUCUGGAUUAUAACUACGUUGUUCGUCUGUUUUUCCGUUUUCAUGAAUUUCCCCGUUCGUAUGCUUUGUUUAAGGGAAUGUCGGUUUUGUCGAACGGAACUACCGAACGGACGGCCACCCAGAAGAGAAGUGUGCUGCUGGUUAACCUAUUGAUCCCAAUUAGAGCGUUGCGGUUAACCACAGACACUUCUCAAUUAAAAACCGAAUGCCGGGUGGUCGUCGUUCGUAUGUCGACCACGAGGCGGCGGCCAUUUUGUCCAUGCGAACGACCAGCGGUGUUCAACGAUUAUUUCAUGGAUCGGAAAACGGACACUUUUUCAGCCGAACACCGCUGAAGCGGUCUCAAUCGACAAAAGCAUGCGAAUGACAGCCGUUCGGGAGAUUCAACCACACGAAUGGACUUAACCCAGAUAGCCGUCCCAUGGAGUCAAUCGCAUACCGAAGAACUGAAAGAGACUUUGACUCCAUGGCGAUUGAACUGUGCGAAUGGGAUCUGAGCGCUAUUCUCCAAUAAUGUGCCCUCAGAUCCAGGCUAUCUGGGGAUAUGCAAGACUGAUGUAAAAUGUUCAGCAGUUAUUAAGUUAUGGAUUUUUGUGUGGUUUUGUAACUUGUAUCUAAAAUGGCGAUUGCCUCUGCUCGGGGAGAUAAUUGAAUUACUUCCCAAUUAUCCCCCGAGCAGAGGGGAGGGAACUGUACUGCAUGCUGGGAAUAUUGUGGGGAUGUAUGUCCAGAAUGUCCCCAUGUCCCUCUGUGAUUUCAGUCUCCCAUUUGGUCCCCUAGGGGAGUGUCCACCAAGUGGGAGACCUGCAUAAAUACCGGGCAGGUAGCCCACAGUAAACCAGUUCGUGUUUUACCCUCAAAGCGGAGCUUGGUCUCGUUAUUGGGGGGAUUUGGAUACCAGCGGCGAGAGACUGCUUACUUGGAUUAUUUGCCGCUUGGGAGAUAUUGUCGUUCGGUUAUUAAUUGCCGUUCGUGGAUUUGCGGCUUGCGAAGGGAAUCAGCCGUACAGGUACCGUUCGGGAGUUUGGAGUGUUCCCUGGCUGGCGGUUCGCCUGGUUUUAUUAUACCCGCUACCCGACCACAUUAUUGCGAACGGGGAAUACUCGCUAAACGGCGGUUUGUACAUUUCGUCCCUGGAGGUACCGUAACACCACCUUCUUUACUCUGGGACUUGUGUCAUCUUGUCUGGUUAUAGAGCUCUAGCACAUCUAGAAGCAGGAUAUCGAUCUCAAAGUGUAGACUGAAGUUAUGGUAAUACUGAGCUAAUGCUUCAGGCAUAAACACUAUAAAAACAUCAAGCAGUGUAUGAAAUGUAAAUGAUUGACUCUCAAUCUGUGAUAUACAUUUAGAGGAGAAGCUCUUGCUGUAGAUGUGAAGUCAUGCUUGCUGUAUAUGUGAAGUUUAUGAAGCAUUAGAAGAGACGGAUCAUCCUAAUACUCCUGUUGAAUAACAUUUAACAUCAUGUAUUAGGCAUGCACAUUCAUUUUCUACCAAACAGCAAAAUCAAGGAAAAUUUAGUUAUGUGUCCAAUCUGUCCAGAAAUGAAUAAAGAAUAGCAAUAUAACGAAUGACUAAAUGAACAAAUUCUGUUCAGUGCCAUUCGUUCAUUCGUUAAUCACAUGCAGCUUUUCAGCUACUGACAGUGCAGCAGCUAUGUACUGUAGAUGUUUUCUGACCAAUUCUACAACCACAAUCACCGACCAGUCAUCAUGCCGUACUGUUUGAUAUUGAUUGAGUGUUUUAUCAGUCAAUCAAUGUUAAGUUCAUGGAACGUAAACACAUCUUCAACUGUAAAGGGCUGACUGUGAAAAUCUGUAACUAGGACUGCCUGUCAGUAUUUCAAUUUCUGAUUAUGGAAUACCGAGACAGUGGACAAGCAGCAUUGUGUUGGCUGUUCCGUGUUGUGUUUCUUGCAGUGUAUUGCCUUACAAGGUAGAGAAUAGAUUAGAGAGAGUAAUUUGAACUAUAUGGGAUUUAUUCUCACCAUUCUCAGACAUUUCAAUUUAGAGUUUUUUUCUAUUUUUCACAGUAGACGAAGCGAGGAAAGCAGGGUCAGUUUAGGGUAGGGCUGCUUGUGCUUAGUCCUGUAACGCACUGGGGUUUUUGUUUUCUUAACUGUUUUUCUUAACUGGUGAGGUGAGGUGAAUAAAAAAGAAUGAAUCUUUCCGUAGUUUAACCACUACAGAAUUAUUGUCUCCAUUUUCCAACAUUUUGAUUCAGUUAUUUAUUUAUUUAUUUAUACAAGAAGCAAGGAAGGAACUGUAAUUUAGGUUAGAGGGUCGAAGCCCAGUAAAUUACUGCAGUUUUUAGCUUUAUUUUUGCUGGACCUAAAAAAAAAAUUCACUCUUACAAUUUGUUAAUUUAUGUAAAGAGUUCUGUAUAAGGGCGAUACAUAAGAAUUGGUAGAUGGAUAGUGUAACACAUGCCCUGUUCCUGGACAUUAUUUUUUAUUAAUUUUGCCUAGAUCGUUAUACAAACUUAACUGAACAGAUUUGGCCCCAGCUGGUUCGUAUACAGAACGUUCUACCGAACCCUUGGACCACCCAAAGCAGUCGUUUGCCGCCAAUUGACCUUAUUGAUACCUGCUAUAACCACAAAUCUGAACAUUCUAAGUGGUUCACUGGUUGGCUGUCAAUUCGUAUGCACAAACAUGUGGCGGUAAUCUUGUUUUUUGAACAUUGCUGUUUACAGCCUGGCCAUUUGUACUUUUCUUACAUAUUACCUUAAUGAUAGAACUUCACCAAGAGCAGGACCUUAUAGAAAAUUAAUCUAUAUGUUAAUUGCCACUGGAAGGGACUGGAUUCUAAUAUAGAUUCAAAUAUAGAUUCAGCCUUACCCUCCAGUUUACCAAGUCAGCGGACAUUCAUGUCUAGCGUUCAAAGGUUAAAAUAAAAUAUUAGGUAAUUCAAGCUGUUCUGCAAUAAAAAUAUAAACGACACCAAGGACAUAGUUCAAACCAUAGUUCAAACCAAGUCACAAGCGUGUUAUUGUCAAAAUGGAUCUAGGACUUGUAGGAACAUUUCUUCUGAUCGUCUGUAUCACGGUUCUGUUGUAUUUAAAUUCGUGGAGAAGCCACAUCAAGAAGGGAAAUCUGCCCCCUGGAUCUACAGCUCUUCCCCUGUUGGGAAAUAUUCUCCAAAUUAGCACUAAGGAAUUUCCCCAGUCCUUGCUUCAGGUGAGUUUUAUUUCACUAAUAAAAAUUGCGAGGUCCAUCACAACAACAAUUAAUUUAUCUUAUUCAAAAAGGAUUUCCUGAAUUGCUGGUUGCUUAAAGUUAAACUGUCAUUUCCCAGAUUUUUUUUAGAAUAUGUUAACUUAUUCCUGUAUUUAUUAAAUAGGUAUUUAUGAAAAGAAUUGUAAAAAGUAAAAUGUAUAAAUGUACACCUCUUUAUCCUGCAACUGGGCGCCUCCAUCGAAUGUUUUUCCUUUAUUCCUUGCUGGGAUUUUCAGUAGACUUUUCAAUGUCUCUGCAUUCCUCUGAGUAUUAGACAGUUACCUGAUGUGGAUACACUAACACUCUCCCUGUAAUUUUCACUGAAGCUGAGUGAGAAAUAUGGACCCGUGUUUACAAUUUAUCUGGCUAAUAAACGAGUAGUUAUACUUAUUGGAAAUGAAACAGUGAAAGAAGCUCUCAUUGAUCACAGUGAUGCAUUUAGCGACAGUGGUAGCUCACACCUUAAUGAAUUUUUCUUCAAAGAUUAUGGUAAGAAUCAAAUUAUAUAUAUAUAUAUAUAUAUAUAUAUAUAUAUAUAAAAGCAACAAAUUGAGAGCACUCAUUGGAUUUAGUAAACAAAAAAAUAUAUUAAAUCAAACGCAUAUAAAUCAACGUUUCGACCGUCUAGCGGUAUUUAUCAAGAUGCUAUGAGUCAUAGCAUCUUGAUAAAGACCGCUAGACGGUCGAAACGUUGAUUUAUAUGCGUUUGAUUUAAUAUAUUUUUUUGUUUACUAAAUCCAAUGAGUGCUCUCGAUUUGUUCCAUUUGUAUAUUUUGCACGGAGAGGCACCUGGUCAUUGCUGAAUUAAUGCUUUUGUUAUGGGAUGAGUGCCAGAAAUUAUUGUGAUUUAUAUAUAUAUUAUUGUGUUAUAUUUAAAUGGUCUGAUGUCCUAUACCUCAAUCUUUAAAAUGUUAAUCUAAACAAAAUAGUUGCACAUUGUUUCUUUAUUAGUAUUUACAUCAGCAAUUUAAUUCUGUUAAUUCUUCUAACCCUAUGUACAUAUACUGCAUGUGGCAAUUACAUUUACCAAAACAACUUUCCCUGGCAAUGAAUUUUAUAUCUUGAAUGAUCUUACUGUAAAGAACAAUGUUUGUGCUGACUUGGAAGCCUCAAAAUGAUUAAAUAAACCUUAGUUUAGUGAAUAACUAAAUAAAUAAAUAGUUACACUGUAAAUUCAUGGAUAAUCCAUCAGGGAAUUUUUAAGGGCAGAAUUGCUGCAAUGGUAAGCACCACUGGAUUUUGAAGUGUAUUUGGACCUUUUUAGGAGUCACUAUGAGUAAUGCAGAGAGGUAGGAAAUGAUGCAUUGAUUCUUCCUGGUUACUAGAAUAAUAUUCUCCAAAGCUUUUAGAGUAACAACUACUUUGCUCAAAAUGGUGGCAUCCAGUAUAUUUCUCCUUGUGGAUGAUUGUAGGAGUUGUCUUGAGAAAUGGGGAAAGGUGGAAGGCAAUGCAGAGAUUCGCUCUCAUGACACUGAGAAAUUUCGGAAGAGGGCCUUCAUAAAAUAUAAGGGUCAGUGGAAGCUGCAAACCUAUGGUGGAAACAUAAUCUAAGCAACAUUCCUCCUCCUCUCCAUCUUUGGUCUUCCACAGGACACAUAGACAUGGAGCCACAGGACACAUGACAUUCAGUUUACAGAAAAGAUUGACAACUUAUUCAUAAGUCUGGUCUCACCAGAUACUCACAACUUCAGAUGAUAACUUCAAAUGCUUGCUAACUCAUUUAUUAUUAUCACUAUUAUUAUUAUUAUACAUUUUAUUUAUUAUUAUUUAUAAAGGUUUAGUUACUUCCAAAGGGUUGCACAAUAGGUGACCAACAGACAUGUAUUUGUCACAAGAUGAGCUGGAUAUACAGGAACAGAGGGAAUUGAGGGACCUGCUCAAAUGAGCUUACAUUCUAGAGGUAAGGGUAUGAUGUAUUUUAUGUAGACUAAGGAUGUGCAUUAGCAAAAAAUUGGGUUCAGUUCGGUUUGGAAAUUCGGGUAAGUAAAAUUUUUUGUCUGUUUCGGCAAUUCGGACUAACGUCAACUGGUUUGGCACUUCAGAACUUUGGCACUUUGGACAUUUGUAAGCAAUCAAAUUGCACAUGUCUGUGGUCACAUGAAUGCAAGCCAACACCUUGAUAUUAUUUAUAUCCUAUCCCACCUAAACGACUCUGUGUGCCUUCAUUGGCCAAGUGUCAGUGACAAAAUCACCAAUAUUGUAAAGCGCUACAGAAUCUGUUGGUGCAAUAUAAAUGGCAAUAAUAAUAAUAAUAAUUGGCUGUCCUCUUAUAUCAAUCACAAAUAUUUCAAGAUUCCUUUCAUCAUUCACGUAAUUUUCCCUCCUUCUCUCUUGUUUUGCCACUUUUCAGAAAUUCGAAUCACUUCGGCACACAUUCGAAAUUUGCUUAUUGGUCAAGAUUCCCAUCAUUAUUUACGUAAUUUUCCCUCCCUCUCUCUUGUUUUGCCACUUUUCAGAAAUCCACAUCACUUCAGCACUUUCUGCACUUUGGAGCUUCGGAGCUUCAGAGCUUCAGAGCUUUGGCGUUUUGGAGCUUCGACACUUCCGAACUACCAAACUUCGGCACUUUGGAACUUCGGCACUUUGUAAAUUCGUAACUAUCCGAAUGUCCGAAUGGAAUGAAUUUCGUACGAAUGUACAUUCGGAAUGAAACGAAUCGCACAUCUUUUGAAGGAACUAAGACAGUGUGAGAGUCUAACAGAGCAGGGAAGGGAGUUGCAUAGGAACAGCACAGACCUAGAAAUAACAGCAGACACCAACCUCUUUGAUGGGCAACAAUUUUACAAUCGACAAGUUAGUAAGGGGAAUCUCUGUUGUUAUGCCUUGCAUUCUCCAGGCGCACCUCACACCUCAAUAUACACCUAUAAAUUAGUUUCUUUUGUGUUUGCCGUUAUACCUUUUCCGUUUUGACACUUGUGAGACAAAAAAAAAACUAGUGAUUUACAAAAAAAUAAAUAGUACUGGACAUUUAUAUGAUAAUCAGCAAUAACGAGAGCAAGUAUGUGGAGAGGAGGAUAUGACAUUACUUUAAUGGAUUACUCUAUGACAAGUCUCACAUGAUGUUACUCACAAUCAACUACUAUAUCUUUUACUGUGGAAUGUUGUAGAAUUUGUUGAACUUUAAACAUCACAUAAAAAUAUCUGCAUAAUGGAGGAUUUGGUGAUGUGUGGUGCAUAGCAUAUAGUAUAUAACAGUAUAUAUGUUAUAGCCUUAUUUUUAUCCCAGGGAAUUAAUAGUAUUUCAUCAUUGUUGGUGGGUGAGCAUUUAUUUUCCAAACAUUCCAUUCACACUUUUACAAUCAUUAUAUACUUAUUUUCUUUAAUAAACAAGGCACUGUUCGGUCAAUUUAAUCUCUUGGAAAUGUGUUCAAUUUGCAGUAGAAUUUUAUUAUUCUUUGACGAACACAAUUUUUUAGUAUUUAACUUGUUCUUGCAUGGAAUGUUCUGAGCUAUUGUUUUUUUGUAUUUAUUUUUUUAAGUUGAUACAUUUUAUGUACUUGUAUUCCCAGUAUAUCUUAUAGAAUUUCCUAUAAUUCUAAUAACAGAGACUCCUUUAGAUCCCAUAACUCUCCUGGGAUAAGCAGUGUCCAAAGUAUCUAUUGUAUUUGAGGAAAGAUAUGACUAUGAAGACAAGACUUUUCAGAAACUUUUGGCAUAAGUUAGAGAUAUCGUUAGACUGAUAAAUUCUCUUUCUGGUCAGGUGAGUUUUGGCUGAUAACAUAUGUGACUAUCGGUGCAUAUUAUGAAAAUAUUAUUCAAUUAAUCUUGACAAAUAAACUCAAAAAGCACUCUACAGUUAUUUAUUUUUAUUCCUUAGAGUUUUGCAUUCAGUUUUCUAGUAUAGCUGCUCAACAUUUUUCCAUGUGUGGGGAGAUGGAUCCCUGGACCUUACUAGAACAUGUUCACAAUUCUGAACAAUCUCACGAGAGACACUGGACACAAACUGCCCACGGGACUUCAUAGACUACUUUCUGAUAAAGAUGGACCAGGUAGGACACUGUAAUAUAAGAAUUUUCAGUUCUAAAAACGUCUAGAAUCUACAAUUAGUAUCUGUGAAAAUGAUUGGAAAAGAAGCUUUAUCAUAAUUUUACAUACUGUUCUAGGAGAAAAAUAAUCGCAAUACUGAAUUCCAUGAUGAGAAUUUAUUGUCUACCAUAAUGGAUUUAUUCUUUGCCGGCACUGAGACUUCAAGCUUAACACUAAGAUAUGGCUUCCUGAUACUUCUUAAAUAUCCAGAGAUACAAGGUAUUAUUACUCUUAUAUGUUACCCUUUAUAAAGGGGUACAGAUAGUGCUCAGAUUAAACACUAUUAGUGUGUUUAGAUUAUAUUUAUCUUAACUAGCUGCUAGACCAUAGUGUGGCCCAUGUCUUCUUUCUUUCAAUAUUUCUGACUGAGCAAACAUUUUACAGAAAUGGAAAUGAAAAUGUCUUGCUGAUUGGACCGAGGCUUCCUGUUCACAGCAUGGUAGAUAGAUUUAAUUUUAAAGACUUUUAUGAAUUAUACAGAGAUGAAAAGAUCAAAACACAAGCAAGCAGUAAGGAAAAUACAACUGAAGAAGUAGGAGUUUUAAGAAACUUGCCAUAUACAUGGCGAUUCUGAUAAAAUAGUACAAUAUACAUGAUGCAAAUAACUGCUUAUUUUAUAAUUAUUAACACAUCCAGCAGCUUGACAUUCCUGGAUUAUUUUUAGAAUAUAGAAUAUAGAGUUCUUUUACCAUUAAAUUAUAUCCAUUAUUUUUAAAUCGAGCAGCUUAUCAUCACUAACCCUGAUCAGUGUCAUUAGGAAGGACCAGGGUAGCAGUUGUGAUUUAAAGAAGAGUAUACUUGAAUACAAAUUAUAAAUCUAGUUGCAGUCUUUUUUGUUGUUGUUGUUCUUUCCAAUGGGUAUGUUUUAUAUUUCUGUGAUUACAUUGUCUUUGGUCUAUUUCAUUCAGAAAGCAUCCACAAAGAGAUAGACCGUGUGAUUGGCCAUGAUCGCUGUCCAUCAGUAGAGGACCGUAGUGAGAUGCCGUACACAGAGGCUGUGAUCCACGAAAUCCAAAGAUUUGGAGAUAUUGUGCCUCUGGGAGUACCGCAUGCAACCAGUAAAGACACGACCUUCAGAUCAUAUGACAUUCCUAAGGUCACCGAGUUUAUGUAAUAUAUAGAAAGUAAUUAAAAUAGGGAAAGUUAGAGUAAAUAUUGUUAUUAUUUUUAAAUUAUUGCCAUUUAUAAAACGCCAACUCAUUCCUCGGUGCUUUAUAAUAUUACAAGGAUAUAGAAGUGAUAUUAAUAAAACAAUUGCCAAAUAUUGUACGAAUACCUACAUUGAUAAACAAACAUUCACACACACAUAAGGCAAACAUAUAUAAUCAGUGAUUUAAAACCCCUUUAAUAACAUUGCAAAUAGUGUUAAACCACAUUUCUUGUACUUAGUAUUGGUAUAAUUUUUACUGUGUGUAUUGUAACUGUGCUGUUCAUUAAUAUAGAUCCUAAAAUUAAGACCUUUUAACCCCGUCAGGACCGGAUCAAGGAUCAAGGCUCUUUUAACACUUUUGUGGUGUUUGUAUUUAGCUGUAAUUUUCCUCUCUCUCAUUUACUGCUCCCAUACAAGUUAUAUAUUGUUUUUUUCAGGCAAAAGGGGCUUUCUUUAUAUACCAUUAUUUGUAUCAUGUCAUAUAUUGAAAAAAAUAUUUUUUGGCUUUUGCUUGAAAAGUCUUUUAAUUACCUACAAAGGCUAAUCAAAAAUCCUGCUAAAUAGAUUCAAAAUUUUGUUCUGAGUUUAAAAACACCCAGUGUUUAUGUGCUUUUUUGCUUUUUUUUCAAGUUAUAGGGCUAUAAGUACAAAUAGGAAAUUGCUGUUUCAAAAUAUUUAUGUUUAAAAUGUAUGCAUAGUGACAUUGUAACACUGUUAUCUGUCAUAAAUAUUUGAAUCACACCCCACAUGUACUUAUUUUUUUUUUAAAGUAGACAACUCAGGGUAUUCAAUAUGGGGUAUGUCCAGUCUUUUUAAGUAGCCACUUACACUCACUCACAAACACUGGCCAAAAUUAGCAUUCAUAUUUGUUUGUGUGUGAAAAAAGUAAAAAACUAAAUUGAACGCUACUUUUGGCCAGUGUUUGUGACUAAGUGGCUACUAACAAAAGAUGGGACAUACCCCAUUUGCAAUACCUUGGGUUGUUUUCUUUUGCAAAUGAUAUGCCAUCAAGGGGGUAAUUUUCAUUCCUGGGCUACCAUAUGCUCUCAAAGGCAACAUAACCAACCUGGCUAUUUUCAAUGUAAAAAUAUUUGACCCUUAUAUUUGACCCUGUAACUUUCAAAAACGCUAUAAAACCUGUACAUGUUGGGUACUGUUAUACUCAGGAGACUUUGCUGAACACAAAUAUUAGUGUUUCAAAACAGCAAAAUGUAUCACAACAAUAAUAUCAUCAGUGAAAGUGCUGUUUGUUUGUGCAAUGCAAAAAUGCAAAAAAAAAGUCACUUUCACUGACAAUAUCAUCGCUGUGAUAUGUUUUACUGUUUAGAAAAAUAAUAUCUGUGCUCAGCAAAGUCUCCCGAGUCAAACAGUACCCCCCCAUGUACAGGUUUUAGGAUAUCAUAGAAAGUUAAAAGGUAAAAUACAGUGCUAGCAAAUUAAAUUAUCUGGACUUUUGACCUGGGUUUUCAAGCAAGUCCCUCAAAUUGCAAUCAAUAAAAUUACUUAAUCAUAAAAAUAUUACAUAAAUACGCACAUAGAUUUUAAAUAUAUAUGCAUAUUUAUAUAUUUGAAGUCUUUGUGUAUAUUUAUGAAAUUAUUUAUGUAAUUUUGUAUAUGGAUAUAUAUUUAUAUAUUUCAUAUUAUUUUGAUUUAUUUAUAUAUGCAUAGAUGUAUAUAUAAUUUCAUUCUAAGUAUUUUUUGAUAUAAAUAUAUAUAUAUAUAUAUAUAUAUAUAUAUAUAUUAAUAUCAAAAUACAGUUAGAAUAAAAUUUUAUAUAUAUAUAUAUCUAUAUAAUUUUUUAAAAUUUUUAUUAUAAUUUUUACGUUUUAAAUUUAUUUAAAUUUACUUAUUAUUUAUAUUUUAUAAUAUAUAUAUAUAUAUAUAUAUAUAUAUAUAUAUAUAUACAAUAUAUAUAGUUAUUAUAUAUAUUAUAUAUAUAUACGUGUGUAAUUUAAUUAUAAGUGUAUUUUUAUAUUAAUAUAUGUAUAUACUGGGGCGGGGCCAGACCCUGGAACUCAGCGGCAGAGAUUUCUGAAAGCUCCUGCCCCGAGACCAAAAGAAGCACGAAAAUCAGGCAAUUUCCACCCGCUCUUACUGAUUUGAUCGACAGAAGCACGCAGAGGAAUACCCCUGCUCUCCACCGACGCCCGCCCAUUACUGAUCUAACUCGGGUAAGGGCUACAUGAAUACCCUGGGCCUACAUUCCACGCCAACAAUGGCAGACCUGACAUGACUGGAGAGCCUAGAAGGGGUCUCUAUGCCCCAACGGAGCCACCCUGACUGCUGAGCGAUAACAUAGAUGCGAAGCCGCAACAACCCUGAAAUGGCACGAACCUCGUCCCCGCUCCCCUACCCCAGGCCGGUGGGGGUUAUCCCGGCCACCUGUUUAAUACGCUCACUAUGACCGACACACAUUGCCCUCGUUGCUGGCCCUCUAUCCAUCUUGAGCCUGUCAGCCCCAUUCAGCAAAAAACGCACACCUAACCUCCGUACUAUACCAGCACUCGGAGGACAAGGGGGGCGCCGGAGGCACUGCGCACAGGCUCUGGGCUCUGAGUCUGUGCCGGGCUGGGACUGUGGAGCUGUCACAUACAGGUUUUGUAUUAUUUAAUAAUAAAACAGAAUAUUUUUUUACACCUAUCCUGAGUCCAGUUCCAGUAUCAUUGGAGGUCAGGGGAGGCACCCUUGGGCGAACUAUUUUCAUCCUUCUUGUGAGUUCAACCAAUUAUGCGCACAUACAUAUUGAUAUACAGUAUCACACUAUUAUUUGUUUUUAUAUUGUAGAUCUACAGCUGUAUUCUCCAUAUUGUUUGAAUCUACUAAUCAUCAGCAGGAGAUAGAAAAGUUCUAAACUAAACACACUAUGCUGUAAGGGAAGCAAAAAUCUUUAGACUCUUUUUCCGGAAGUAAGUAGAUAGUCUGUGUACUGUUUAUAGCAUAGGUAAGUAACCUUCGGCACUCCAGAUGUUGGUUACAUCAACCAUAAUGCUCUUACAUGCAUAAUGCUAGAAAAGCAUAACGGGAGAUGUAGUCCACAACAUCCGGAGUCCCGAAGGUUGCCUAAACUUGGCUUAGAGAAUUCCUUUAAACACAGGUAGAUGUAGUGCCACACAUAGUAACUAUGAAAUGUAACUGAACCAAGAAAAGAACGAAUACAGCAAUUUGUAUUGUUUUUUUUUCUUGUUUUAUAUUUUUAUUUCAUUUUUAUUUAAUUUAUUCUGUAUUUUUAUUUGUAUUUAAUUUUAAUCCCAUAUUCAUAUUUAUAUGUAUUCUUAUUAUUAUUUAUAUUUUUUAUAUUUACAUAUUUUUAAAUAUUUUUUUUUCUUUUUUUCAUACUAUAAACUCAUCUUUAUGGUUAUGUUGUAGGAUCCCUAUGCAUGUGUGCAGUACUUCCAUUCAUCUUUCCUUGUAUGUAUUGUAAUUCCAAUGAGUGAGAUAUUUGUUGCACUUUAAUUUUGGAUCUCUAGCAUUUUCCCUUUUCUUCUCCUUUUUUUUUUUCAGUAAUUUUAAGUAUUUUUUUCUUUUUAAAUGCCUAAGCAAGUUCUUCUAACUGCAAUUAAUUAUGUGUAGUGUCCAUACUAAGAAUAUGCCAUUUCUAUGUGUGGAGCAUUUGCAAUAGAUAUCUCUCUUGCUAGUUUUAGCUAACAUGUGGGCAUUAUAAAGCUCCGUUUCCUUUCUUUGCUUCCCAAGAUAUCUGAACCGUAUAGGCCACCAUCAAUAACAUUUUGUCCAUGAGAUUUAGGUGGAACGCAAUCAGUCUGUGAAAUGGAACGCACGCGUCACUAAGAGAAGCCAAUCAAAGCCGCCGCACCGGAAAUGACGCAUUCACAAAGCCGAAAACCGGAAGUGACCAAUAAAGACCGGGAAAUUCAAUUAUGGACAGCUGGGACAAUCACACAAUGCCCAUUGGACCACCAAUGAGAAGAAUAUCGCUCACAUAAAAGAUGGACUCGGGGAAAGGGGGAUUAUACUGCUUUUGUAUUUGCCUUGAUUACUUGAUUUUAUAUUGCUGCUACCAUUACAUUUGUGUAGCUUUACAUACCAGGAGGUUCUAAGGAAGUCCUUAAAGGACAAAAUGUGUAGGACCUGGUAUUAAUUUAAUUUUUAUUGUCUGUUUUUAUAUUAUUUAAUAAUGAAGCAGAAUAUUUUUUAUACCUAUCCUGAGUCCAGUACUGGUAUCAUUGGAGGAAAGCCAGCAGAUUUUGCCCUCCCCCUCUCCCCCCACCCCCCGCAUAUCAGGGGAGGCACCCUUGGGCAAACUUUUUUUAUCCUUCUUGUGAGUUCAACCUAUUAUGCACACAUAAAUAUUGAUAUACAGUAUCACACUAUUAUUCGUUUUUAUAUUGUAGAUCUACAGUGUUUGUUUUCACCACCCACUGAUUUUGUCUGGUGUUAGUGACCACUUGUUUGAACAAACUCCUGCUGAUGAUUGCAUGCAAGAGCCUACAGCUAACUCCUGUUCAUGAUUUUUUUGGAAUAAUACACUUUGCCUAUUUUUACCCAAGGCUUAAGCUACAGAUGACCGGAUGGGCAGUCUGUUUAAAAUUGGCUAACAUGUCAGCUAUUUGAAAUAAUUUACUUUAUCUAUACCCAAUGCUUAGUGAAUAUAACCCUAGACAAGAGCUGUAGAACAUCGUGUAACAAGUAACAGGUGUUAUAUCCUGUAUGUUUCAGCUGUUGGCCUUAUUUCCUGCUUUUCUGUCUUUGAUCAUAACUGCAUAGUAAUGUGUAAUUUAGAACUGAGUAGUAAAUAUCUUUAAUUCUUAGUGCGCAUGCAUAUUAAUUUGAAGUGCAUUGUUAUAGUGAAACUUAGCUUUGAGCAAGGCCCGAAUAUCUAGAUACACCUGCAAGCUUGCCAUAGGUUAAGAUGUUAAGAUAAGAUCGAUGAUUUUGUUAGGAUUGGAUAAUGCUUGUAAGACUACCCCUGUUUCCUCUUGAACAUAACCUGUUACACAGUCCAUUAAAUGUUAGAAGUCGCUUUGAACCUUACUUUGUCUUAUCUCAUUCAUUUGUGCUCCUCGCCUUAUGGUUUGGGGACAAGGAGAAAUACAGAGAGUUGCAAAUUGCUUUGAAGUCCAUGGCAUGACAUGAGGGAAAAUUCCUGACGUUGGAAAUCUUCACUAACAUGAUUAAAGUUUAAGUAACAGAACAGAAUUUAUGUACUUCUAAAGUAAACAUACUGUGCUGUAAGAUCUGAUUUCAAAUGAAACCAUUUUCAUUGAGGCUGUAUAAAUCACAUCCAGGGUAGGUGUUGCGAGGAACGCAUAAACAGAAACAAAAGUGAUUUAACUCUUAAAUGUCAGAGAAUUUAGAUUGCAGGGACAUAAUUUAUACACUUGCUUCAUUAAGCUAAAGGUGUUUUGUUGUUCCUUUAAUACAACUUAGAUUAAUGCAGGCCUCCCAACAUUCCCAACUUCACCAAGACAGUCCUGCCCCACCAUUCAGAAGUUAUUCCCUAGUGUCUUGCUUUUAGGGACACCAGCGAAUGUCCCCAUAAAGUGUAGAGCAAGUGCAUCAUUCAAUGAGAGAGCACUGUGCUCAGGGUACAAGGUCACUAAUGUUGAAAUAGUGCUCCCUAUAUGGUCCACCCUCAGUAUGCUGGCCUGUUUGAUUGGCAGGAAGUCUGGCAUGGGCAGUGACACUGGCUCACCUCCUUUUACAUCAGCCAUCAGUGUCUUAUUUCUCAGAACACUGAUGUUGGGGGGGGGGGGUAUGUCAUUGCAAUAAAGUUCUAACACAUUCUAUCUGACUCUGUACUCGCUAUGUUACGUUAGAAGUGUAUCAUUCCUCCUUUAUCCAACCUAUACCUUUACCAUGGUCGGGCGUAAGGCUCAUACUGGAUGUUAUCUCCGUCACUUGGAAUGACUGAUAUGAUAUGGAGACUUGCAGCUGAUUUGCUUUUGUCUCCAUGCAACUUAUAAAAUCUGUGAAAAGUUCCAAAUAAAUCCUCUGGAUCUGUGUUACGUUAUUCUGUCUGGGCCAUAUGUCCCCCUGCGUUGGUUGUAGAGCACUCACAAAAGAGCUCAGGAUGAAAUAUCAAUAAGAUUUAUCAUUAAUAAAUAACAACAAUAAAUAAUUAACUAGUAAGUAAGGCACAUUAAGUAGGACCUUCCAGUGGGAUGUAAAGAUCAUUAGGUAUUUUUAUUACAUGAAGUCCCUUAAAGUCAUAGUGCAGUAGUAAAGAUAUCUCUUAAAACAACUUUUUUUAUGUAAAACAUAGAAAAACAAGUGUGACAAAAUCCCCUUUUCAAGUGAGUUUGCCAUGAGUUCCUGGAGGAGCCUGCUUGCCAGCUUCCUGCCCACACACUAUGGACCUUGUAAAAUGGGAUAUAAAAGGCUCCGUUCAUGAAUUUGGACUAUAUGGUUUGGGAACCGAACAGCCGCAUGAACCGGAGACCACCCUUGUUAAGCCUAAUUGCUACUUUGUAAUAAUUUCUACCUCAGUGUUCUAAGUGUUCGUCUGGGUGGCCGCAAUUCCUACGGACGACCACAAGGUGGCGGCCAUCUUGUUCACAUGAACGCAGGCAGUGGUGUUUGGUCGUCGAGUUCAUGGAACUAUUUUCGGAGACUUAAAAUCCCGAACACCGCUGGACUUCCAUGAUCAUGGUUUGUCCCUUGUUCCAGCUAGGAAGCGGUCCUUUGGCGGAGGUACCCAGUCAGGGUACAUGGAGCUCUGCUACAACAAGAUUGAACUAAAUAAACCGAACUGAGUGAAAAAGGGAUAAAAUAUGUGAAAAUAAAUAGCUCAAUAUGAAUAGUCAACAAGUAUAUUGAUAUCUAUGUGGAUGUACCAGGAGUAGUUUAUGUAAUGUAAUCGCCUCUACGAACCGUAGUUGAUUGCUAAUCAGCAACAAUGUUAACCAAGUCAGAUUCCAACAUAAUGUGUCCAAAGUACCACCACUGAAAGACUUGGGAAAAGAGCAUGUGAGAAUUGACGAUAGUCCAAAUCCGAGACAUUGCUGCAAUAAACACUUACCGUGUUUCUCCGAAAAUAAGACCGGGUCUUAUAUUAAUUUUAGUCACAAAAAACACACUAGGGCUUAUUUUCAGGGUAGGGCUUAUUUAUUUACGGUACCGGUAUGUACAUUGAACCCCCCCUUUAAUUAAUCCACCCCCCCUUUAAUAAAUCCACCCCCCUCUAAUUAAUCCACCCCCUCUAAUUAAUCCAGCCCACCCUUUAAUUAAUUCACCCCCUCUAAUUAAUCCAGUCCACCCUUUAAUUAAUUCACCCCCCUUUAAUUAAUUCACCCCCUCUAAUUAAUCCAGCCCACCCUUUAAUUAAUUCACCACCCCUUUAAUUAAUUCACCCCCUCUAAUUAAUCCAGCCCACCCUUUAAUUAAUUCACCACCCCUUUAAUUAAUUCACCCCCUCUAAUUAAUCCAGUCCACCCUUUAAUUAAUUCACCCCCCUCUAAUUAAUCCAGCCCACCCUUUAAUUAAUUCACCACCCCUUUAAUUAAUUCACCCCCUCUAAUUAAUCCAGUCCAUCCUUUAAUUAAUUCACCCCCCUUUAAUUAAUUCACCCCCCUCUAAUUAAUCCAGCCCACCCUUUAAUUAAUUCACCCCCCUCUAAUUAAUCCAGCCCACCCUUUAAUUAAUUCACCCCCCCCACCCCCUUUAAUUAAUUCAAUUAAUCCCAGACAUAAAAUAUCUAGCGGUACUCACAUUUCAAAGAUUCCUUGCCGAGUCCGACCACUGGGAGCCUCACCGCCCGGAAAUGGAUCCUUCCGCUGAAGAUCCGUGAAGGCAGACUGACGGCGCUGCAAAAUGUCGUCAUCACGUUGCGCGACGCUCCUCCUACAGCAGAAGAAGGAAGUCUCGCCGCAAAGGUACAAUGCCUAGGUCUUAUUUUCGGGGUAGGGCUUAUAUUGCAGCCCACCCCGAAAAUCCAACUAGGGCUUAUUUUCGGGGUAGGGUUUAUUUUCGGGGAAACACGGUAAAAAAAAAAGUGGUAGAAAAAACACAUAGUUGCUACAAAUCACUCAUAACAAAAACGUGUUGAGAUGAAAAUAGCGGAGCAUAGCCUAAGUGUUCAAAGGCAUAAAAAGCCAACAAGUAAAAAAAACAAAUGUAUUUAUUUAGUUUGUAUUUAGUAUAAUCUUGUUUUUCUAUUUUUACGUAAUAAAAGUAACGUUUUAGGAGAUUCCUUACCUACUCUACUAGGACAGACUAUUCUCUUUUUAUAAAUAUUUUAAUUUCCCUUUCUCCACAGUCCCUGGUUUGUGAAUAACCCUGAGACGUUUUUUCAUUUAACACCAUAUUGUAUUUCGUACAUUAAAAACCGAAUUGCAAAGUUUAGGCUUACGUGGCCAAGCUGUGACUAGCGAAUUAAAGAUUUUACUUUGCAUUUAUUUUUUGUCCUCUAUUUUUACCUACAUGGUUUCAAUUGUUUUAAAAUCACUGAAAUUCUGUAUUUAGUAAAUAAAACUGCAAUAUGUUUUUUUAUUUACCUGGAUCGAUUUUUCUUUUCAUAAGUCGGGUCUAUAAAAACGCUAAAUGCUUGUAAUUACAAUUUACUUAUUCAAUUAAAGUUAUCAUGUUAGUACUUGGUUUUGUAUCUGUUCUUUCUAAACUUGUAACUCCUACCCCAGAACACGAUAUUAUCAUUUGUGUCUGAGUAUUACUAAGCAUGUUUUGAGAUAAGGAUUGUAUUGCAGAACUUCAUGUAACCAUUUAAACGCCCCAGCAAUAAACUCAGAUGCACCUGGCAAACCUUUUUCACUGCCAUUAGUUGACGCUGGAAUGCUGCCCAUAUAGGUACGUAGGUUGUUUGGACUCAGAAAGCCAUUUGACAGGGAAACAUUCUCCUGUUAUUGUCAUCAUGUCCCUGGGACUCGCAGCUACAUUUCUUCUGGUCUCCUUUGUCACCCUCCUGCUGUACCUAAUAACAUGGAAAGAAUUAUAUAUAUAUAUUUAUAUAUAAUAAAAAAUAAAUAAAUAUAUAGAUACGUUAAAAAAUAAAAUUAAAAAAAUAAUAAAAAAUAAAUAGAAAAAACAUAAAUAUACAUGCCUAAUUUCGUUCUAACUGUAUUUUAAAAUUAAUAUAUACAUAUUGAUAUUAAAAUGCAUGUAGAACGAAAUUAUAUAUAAAUAUCUAUAUACAUAAGUAUAUACGUAUAUAUCACUAUAUAUAUCUAUAUCUAUAUAGAUAUAUAUAUAUAUACCUAUAUAUAAAUAAAAAUAAUAAAAAAAAUAAAAAUAAUACAAAAUAAUAAAACAAAAUACAUACAUAUAUAACCCCUUAAGGACGGAGCCAAAUGUACACGCUGUGAUCAAAACAAAACGUAAACAAAACCUGGCAUUUGCACUACAUGUCUGUCCAACCGUAAUCCACCUCUUUCAUAUUAAAUGCACCCACCCUUAUUAUAUAUCAUUUUAUUCAGGGGAAACAGGGCUUUUAUUUAAAUAUUUACCAAUUAAAUAUAAUUUAAUGUGAAAAAAAUAUUUAAUAAAUGGGAGAAAAUUAGAUUUUUUUUUUAGUUCUACUUGACAUUUUAACUGUGAACGUCAUAAUACUGUUUACUUUUACUCCAAUGAAAUACACACAUUUUUAUUCAGUGAUGUCUCACCUGUAAAACAGUUUUGGGAAGUUACAGGGUCAAAUAUAGCAUGUUACAUUUUUCAGUUUUUCCAUAUUGAAAUUCGCCAGAUUGAUUACGUUGCCUUUGAGACGGUAUUGUAGCUCAGGAAUGAAAAUUAUCCUCAUGAUGGCAUACCAUUUGCAGUGUAAGUGUAAGUACAUUUUACUGUUUUGAUACACUUAUUUUUGUGUUCAGCGAAGUCUCCCGAGUAGAACAGUACCCCCCAUGUACAGGUUUUAUGGUGUCUUAGAAAGUUAUAGGGUUAAAUAUAGUGCUACCAAAUUAAAUUCCUGGACUUUCGGCCUGGGUGUCAGGCAGGGCCCGCAAAUUGUAAUUAAUAAAAUGACCUAAGUAUGUAAAAAUAUUAUGUAAACAUAUACAAAGAAUUAAUAUAUAUAUAUAUAUAUAUAUAUAUAUAUAUAUAUGUGUGUAUAUAUAUAUAUAUAUAACAUAUUUUUAUGUUUAUAUAUAUAUAUAUAAAAAAAAUGUAAAUUAUUUUUAUUUAUAUAUAGGUAUAAAUAUAUAUAUAUAUAUAUAUAUAUAUAUAUCUAUAUAUAUAUAUAUAGUGAUAUAUACAUAUAUACUUAUGUAUAUAUAUAUAUAUAUAUAUAUUAUUUCGUUCUAAGUGUAUUUUGAUAUCAAUAUAUAUAUGUAUAUUAAUAUCAAAAUACAGUUAGAACUUAAUUAUAUUAAUUUUUUUAAAGUAUUAAUUUUUUUUAUAUUAUAUAUAAAUAUAUAUAUAUAUAUAUAAUUAUAAUUAUACAUAUAUACAUAUUUUAAUCAAUAUCAUUGUACGUGUAUUUUGAUAUUUAUAUAUAUAAUUAUAUUUAUAUUAAUAUUAAAAUACACACAGGAGGGCCGGAAUGGAAGCAGGGGGACUCCCUGGGAUGCCAGGUGAGUCCCCCCACCAUGAUUGCCAGCGUGUGGAUCACUGGCGACCGGGUAAGUGAAUAGGAUGGUGGGGACGUUCUAUGCCGCCCUCUGGCAUUUAGGACUGAGUCCCCAAGGACGGCAUAAGGGGGGGGGGGUGCAAUGUUUAUCUCACAUUGCUAUUUAGAGCCUGGCCAAUAGUACUUUUAUUACACACCACCUUAAUGAUAGAACUUCAUCAAGAGCAGGACCUUAUAGGAAAAUAAUCCAUAUGUUAAUUGCCAAUAAAAGGGACUGGAUUCCAAUUUAAAACUUUCACAUUAUUAAACAUAUAUUCAGCCUUAGUCUCCAAUUUACCAAGUCAACAGACAUUCAUAUCUAGCGUUCAAAGGUUCAAAUGAAAUAUUAAGUAAUUCAAUGCUGUUCUGCAAUACAAAUAUAAAUGACACCAAGGACAUAGUUCAAACCAAGUCACAAGCGUGUUAUUGUCAAUAUGGAUCUAGGACUUGUAGGAGCAUUUCUUCUGAUCGUCUGUAUCACGGUUCUGUUGUAUUUAAAUUCGUGGAGAAGCCACAUCAAGAAGGGAAAUCUGCCCCCUGGACCUACAGCUCUGCCCCUGUUGGGAAAUAUUCUCCAAAUUAGCACUAAGGAAUUGCCUCAGUCCCUGCUUCAGGUAAGUUUUAUUUCACUAAUAAAAAUUGCGAGGUCCAUCACAACACCAAUUAAUUUCUCUUACAGGCUGUUUAAAAAUGAUUUUCUGAAUUUUUAUUUCACAGACUGCGUUUAAAUUGAAUAGUGUGAGUUUAAAUCUGUGAAUUUAACAUUUAGGCUUUAUUUAAUGUACACCUAGAAAAUAAAACUAUCCAUUCAUCCAUCCACAAACCCACCCACCCACCCACGUACCUACCCAUCCACCCACCCACCCAUCCAUAUCCACCCACCUAUCUAUCUAUCUAUCUAUCUAUCUAUCUCAUUUCAAAAUUUCUCAUAACAGAAACUGAGUCUCUUGCUUUUUGGAAUUGCGUAAAACAGUUCUUCAAAAUAACAACUUACAUAACGGUAACAGUAACUCAUAACAUCUGGGAAGACUGCUGGGUAAUGCAAGUCUUGGUUUUCUUUGACAUGUUGCUUGACAUAUCACUAAUGGGAGUGGUAAAAAAAGAUAGAGAGACUGGAGCUGUGGGGUGUUACAACCUGUCAAGAACUGUGGCUGUAGCAUGAAAGGAAGCAUGUAUGUAUGUGACUGUAGUGUAGUGUGUUUGUGUGCGUGUGAGUCUUUGUCUAUAUAUGUUUUUGUGUAUCUGUUUGUGUUUCAUUCCCUCACAAAGAUCUAUCUAUCUAUCUCUCUGAAGCUGAGUGAGAAAUAUGGACCCGUGUAUACGAUUUAUCUGGCUAAUAAACGAGUAGUCGUAAUUAUUGGAUAUGAAACGGUGAAAGAGGCUCUCGUUGAUCACAGUGAUGCAUUUAGCGACAGAGGUAGCUCAGACCUUAAUGAUUUUAUCUUCAAAGAUUACGGUAAGAAUCCAAGUAUUAUAUUUUAAUGGUCUGAAGUCCUACACCGCAAUACUUUACAAAAAAUAAUCUAAACAAAAUGGUUGCACAUCGUUUCUCUAUUAAUAUUUACAUCAGCAAUUUAAUGCUGUUAAUUCGUCUAACCCUAUGUACAUAUAUUGAAUGUGGCAAAACAUUUUACCACUCCAGCUUUCCCUGGCAGUGAAUUACAUAUCUUGACUGAUCUUACUAUAAAUAACAAUGUUUGUUCUGACAUGGAAGCCUCAAUAUGUAUAAAUAAACCUUAGUUUAGUGAAUAAAUAAAUAAAUACGUCCACUGUAAAUUCAUGGGAAAUCCAUCAGGAAAAUUUUAAGGGCAGAAUGGUAAAGGUCCGUGGCAUUUUGAAGUGUAUUUGGAACUUUUUAGGAGUCAUUAUGAGUAAUGCAGAUGCAUUGAUUCUUCCUGAUGGCUAGAAUAAUAUUCUCCAAAGCUUUUAGUGUAAUAACUAUUUGCUAAAAAUGGUGGCAUCCAGUAUAUUUCUCUUUGUGGUUGUUUGUAGGAGUGAUCAUGAGCAAUGGGGAAAGGUGGAAGGCAAUGCGGAGAUUCGCUCUCAUGACAUUGAGAAAUUUUGGAAUGGGGAAGAGAAGCGUUGAGGAGAGAAUCCAAGAGGAAGCUCAGUAUCUUUCUGAAGCCUUCAGGAAGUAUAAAGGUCAGUAGAAGCUGCAAACCUAUAUUGGAAACAUAAUCUAAGCAAAAUUCCUCCUACUCUCCAUCUCUGGUCUUCCAGGAUAGAGGAACUCAGAGCCACAGGACACAUGACAUUCAGUUUACAGAAAAAAAUGACAACUUAUACAUAAGUCUGGUCUCACUGGAUACUCACAAUUUCAGAUGAUACCUUCAAAUACUUGCUAACUAAUUUAUUAUUAUUACUAUUAUUAUAUCAUUAUUAUAAGUUUUAUUUAGUAUUAUUUGUAAAGUGUCAGUUAAUUACAAAGGGUUGCACAAUAGAUGACCAACAGAUAUUUAUUUGCAACAAGAUGGAUGUACAGGAACAGAGGGCAUUGAUGGACCUGCUUCAAAUGAGCUUACAUUCUAGAAGUGAGGGUAUGAUGUAUUUAAUAUACACUAGGGAUGUGCAUUAGCAAAAAAUUAAUUUUGUUUUGCUUCAGAAAUUCAGGUAAGUAACAAAAUGUGUCUUCUUCAGCAAUUCGGACCAAUUGCAUUCCGUUCGGUUCGGCACAUCAGAACAUUGGCGCUUUGGAACUUCGGCACUUCAGACAUUUGUAAGCAUCCAAUUUGUAAAAGUCUGUGGUCACAUGAAUACAAGCCAACACCCUGGCAGCCUAAUGUAUAUACUAUCCCACCUAAACGACUCUGUGUGCCAAGUGUCAGUGACAAAAUCACCAAUAUUGUAAAGCGCUACGAAAUCUAUUGUCGCUAUAUAAAUGGCAAUAAUAAUAAUAAUUGGCUGUCCUCUUACAUCAAUCACAAAUAUUUUAAGAUUCCUUUCAUCAUUCACGUAAUUUUCCCGCCUUCUCUCUUGUUUUGCCACUUUUCAGAAAUCCGAAUCACUUCGGCACUUUGGAGCUUCGGAGUGUCAGAGUUUCGGCGUUUCGGUGCUUCGGCACUUCCGAAAUACCGAACUUCGGCACUUUGGAACUUCGGCACUUUGUAAAUUCGUAACUAUCCGAAUGUCCGAAUGGCAUGAAUUUCGUACGAAUGUACAUUCGGAAUGAAACGAAUCGCACAUCUUUUGAAGGAACUAAGACAGUGUGAGAGUCUAACAGAGCAGGGAAGGGAGUUGCAUAGGAACAGCACAGCCCUAGAAAUAACAGCAGACACCAACCUCUUUGAUGGGCAACAAUUUUACAAUCGACAAGUUAGUAAGGGGAAUCUCUGUUGUUAUGCCUUGCAUUCUCCAGGCGCACCUCACACCUCAAUAUACACCUAUAAAUUAGUUUCUUUUGUGUUUGCCGUUAUACCUUUUCCGUUUUGACACUUGUGAGACAAAAAAAAAACUAGCGAUUUACAAAAAAAUAAAUAGUACUGGACAUUUAUAUGAUAAUCAGCAAUAACGAGAGCAAGUAUGUGGAGAGGAGGAUAUGACAUUACUUUAAUGGAUUACUCUAUGACAAGUCUCACAUGAUGUUACUCACAAUCAACUACUAUAUAUUUUACUGUGGAAUGUUGUAGAAUUUGUUGAACUUUAAACAUCACAUAAAAAUAUCUGCAUAAUGGAGGAUUUGGUGAUGUGUGGUGCAUAGCAUAUAGUAUAUAACAGUAUAUAUGUUAUAGCCUUAUUUUUAUCCCAGGGAAUUAAUAGUAUUUGAUCAUUGUUGGUGGGUGAGCAUUUAUUUUCCAAACAUUCCAUUCACACUUUUACAAUCAUUAUAUACUUAUUUCCUUUAAUAAAGUAGGCACUGCUCAGUCUAUUUAAUCUCUUGGAAAUGUGUUCAAUUUGCAGUAAAAUUAUAUUAUUCUUUGACGAACACAAUUUUUGAGUAUUUAACUUGUUCUUGCAUGGAGUGUUCUGAGAUAUUGUUUUUUUUUUUAAAGAUGAUACAUUUUAUGUACUUGUAUUCCAAGUAUAUCUUUUAACAUUUCCUAUAAUUCUAAUAACAGAGACUCCUUUAGAUCCCAUAACUCUCCUGGGACAAGCAGUGUCCAAUGUGAUUGUAUCUAUUGUAUUUGGAGAAAGAUAUGACUACGAAGACAAGAAAUUUCAGAAACUUUUGGCAUAUGUUAGAGAUAUCGCUAGACUGGUAAAUUCUCCUUCUGGUCAGGUGAGUUUUGGCUGAUAACAUAUGUGACUAUCGGUGCAUAUUAUGAAAAUAUUAUUGAAUUAAUCUUGACAAAUAUACCCAAAAAGCACACUGCAGUUAUUGAUUUGUUUUCCUUAGAGGAGAUCCAUCUUUGUUUAUUAUUAACCAUCUGUUUUCUAUUAUAGCUGCUCAACAUUUUUCCACAUGUGGGGAGAUGGAUCCCUGGACCUCAUCAGAACAUUUUCACAAUUCUGAAUAAACUCAGAGGGUUUUUUAAAGAUCUGGCACAAUCUCACCGAGAGACACUGGACACAAACUGCCCACGGGAUUUCAUAGACUGCUUUCUGAUAAAGAUGGACCAGGUAGGACACUGUAAUAUAAGAAUUUUCAGUUCUAAAAUCAUCUAGAUUCUACAAUUAGUAUCUAUGAAAAUGAUUGGAAAAGAAGCUUUAUCAUAACUUUACAUUCUGUUCUAGGAGAAAAAUAAUCGCAAUACUGAAUUCCAUGAUGAGAAUUUAUUGUCUACCAUAAUGGAUUUAUUCUUGGCCGGCACUGAGACCUCAAGCUUAACACUAAGAUAUGGCUUCCUGAUACUUCUUAAAUAUCCAGAGAUACAAGGUAUUAUUACUCUUAUAUGUUACCCUUUAUAAAAGGGUACAGAUAGUGCUCAGAGUGAACACUAUUAGUGUGUUUAGAUUAUAUUUAUCUUAACUAGCUGCUAAGCCAUAGUGUGGCCCAUGUCUUCUUUCUUUCAAUAUUUCUGACUGAGCAAACAUUUUACAGAAAUGGAAAUGAAAAUGUCUUGCUGAUUGGACCGAGGCUUCCUGUUCACAGCAUGGUAGAUAGAUAUAAUUUUAAAGACUUUUAUGAAUUAUACAGAGAUGAAAAGAUCAAAACACAAGCAAACAGUAAGGAAAAUACAACUGAAGAAGUGGGAGUUUUAAGAAACUUGCCAUAUACAUGGCGAUUCUGAUAAAAUAGUACAAUAUACAUGAUGCAAAUAACUGCUUAUUUUAUAAUUAUUAACACAUCCAGCAGCUUGACAUUUCUGGAUUAAUUUUAGAAUAUAGAAUAUAGAGUUCUUUUACCAUUAAAUUAUAUCCAUUAUUUUUAAAUCGAGCAGCUUAUCAUCACUAACCCUGGUCAGUGUCAUUAGGAAGGACCAGGGUAGCAGUUGUGAUUUAAAGAAGAGUAUACUUUAAUCCAAAUAAUAAAUCAAGUUGCAGUCUUUUUUUGUUGUUGUUCUUUCCUAUGGGUAUGUUUUAUAUUUCUGUGAUUACAUUGUCUUUGGUCUAUUUCAUUCAGAAAGCAUCCACAAAGAGAUAGACCGUGUGAUUGGCCAUGAUCGCUGUCCAUCAGUAGAGGACCGUAGUGAGAUGCCGUACACAGAGGCUGUGAUCCACGAAAUCCAAAGAUUUGGCGAUAUUGUGCCUCUGGGAGUACCGCAUGCAACCAGUAAAGACACGACCUUCAGAGGAUAUGACAUUCCUAAGGUCACUGACUUUACGUAAUAUAUAGAAAGUAUUUUAGAGUAAUUAUUAUUAUUAUUGCCAUUUAUAUAGCGCCAACUUAUUCUUCAGUGCUUUAUAAUAUUACAAGGAUAUAGAAGUGAUAUUAAUAAAACAAUUGUAAAAUAUUGUAGCCAUAUGUAAAUGAGAUGGGUCGAUAUCUAGAUAUUUAAACAGACAGAAAGGAAGACAGAAAGAUAGAUAGAUAGACAGAUAGAUAGAUGAUAGAUAGAUAGAUAGACAGACAGAUAUACAGACACAAACUCUCCCACACACAUAAGGCAAACAUAUAUAAUAAGUGAUUUAAAAACCCUUUAAAAACAUUGCAAAAAGUGUUAAACCGCAUUUCUUAUACUUAGUAUUGGUAUACUUUUUACUGUGUGUAUUGUAACUGUGCUGUUCAUACAUGCGGAUCCUAAAAUUAAGACCUAUUAAGAUUUGUAUAAAUGCUUUCUAUUUUUUGCCGUUUCCUAAUAUUUCCGACUUUUAUAAAGCUUUUAUAGAUCUGUUUUACACCCUCUGUAUAACUUUAUACAUUAUCGUCUACUAUUUGAACGCUUUCACCCUCCUUGGACAUUUCCAUAUUUUGUAGACACAAUCUAGACCAACCAAGGAGUAACCAUUUUACCAUCUAUUUUACACAACAGCCAACACUUUCAAUGUACAAACCAAAUUAUUUUUCAUUUUAACGCUGCAUUGUUACACUACACAAUGUGGAAAUAUCCAAGAUGGGUUAAAUACUUACUAUUGUAUUGUAUCACUUUCUGCUUCUAACUCACUCCUCUUUCCAACAUACCAUUCAUAUCAAUAAAUCUCUUGUCCCAGUAGACUAUUCCAUGUUAACCCACAUUCUUUUACUACCAGAGCUACCUGCCCUGCUCUCUCGUGUACCAUUGCAAUAAAUACGGUCUAUUUAUGGUUUAUCGCUACCUGGUCAGUGCUUUCUCCCCUUUUAAUAUGGUGUUUGAUGUCAGUCAUGGCUGUAACAUGUCACGUGCUCUAUGCCUGUCUUGUGUAGAAAAAUGAAUAACUUUUUUGACAUCUAAACAGCAGUGAUGGCAAGUGUGCCAUAGAUUCCCCAUCACUGCUCAAGGAAUGUACAGGGAAUGUUGACCAUCAUAUUUUUAGGACACUGAUUUGAUUUAGUUAAAAGUUGGAAAAUAUAAAUCUCGCCCUUGUUUUUUAUAUGACUACUAUGUGUUUAUAGAUAUAAAAAAUAGAAAUGAGACAGCGCUAGAUAACUUAUAGGCAGCAGCCUUUAAAAGGGGAUCCCUCAGACCCUUUAAAACUGGAUAAAUAAAAAAUAAUAGAAAAAGGCUGUGCACACAAGUAAAAAUGAAGUCCAAUGUAAAGGAAAAGAAAAGUCCCAAUGUUUAUCCUUACAAAUGGUCUUUGCUAAUGGCGUUCUUCUCUUAAUGUAGCGGUUCCACUUAUAUGAAAGAGAAAAAAGGAGAGAGAAGGGCGACCAAUAGUGUAGUAUAUAAAAUUCUGGUGUGGACGUAAAAAAUAAUAAUAGUAUAGAACUCACAUUUACCAGAGCUAUUGUCCUAGCUCUGGGGUAAGACAGAGAGGAACCCAUCCAAAUCCCAUAAGCGGGGAUUAAACCGCUGCAUGCGUCUUACCCCAGAGCUAGGACAAUAGCUCUGGUAAAUGUGAGUUCUAUACUAUUAUUAUUUUUUACGUCCACACCAGAAUUUUAUAUACUACACUAUUGGUCGCCCUUCUCUCUCCUUUUUUCUCUUUCAUAUAAGUGGAACCGCUACAUUAAGAGAAGAACGCCAUUAGCAAAGACCAUUUGUAAGGAUAAACAUUGGGACUUUUCUUUUCCUUUACAUUGGACUUCAUUUUUACUUGUGUGCGCAGCCUUUUUCUAUUAUUUUUUAUUUGUGUUUAUAGAUAUAUCUUUAUAUUUGAAUUACAGGGUACUAUGAUUUUCCCUAUACUGACUUCUGUCCUGAAGGACCCCAAGUACUUCAAAAACCCCACUUCAUUCGACCCUGGUCAUUUUCUGGAUGAAAACAGCUGCUUUAAAAAGAAUGAAGCGUUCAUACCAUUUUCUGCAGGUAAAUACAUCAAAGUUGAGGUUUAUUGAGUCUUAUUGAGAUUUUUAUAGGGAAUUCUACUAUGUGGACUAACGUGUUAGUAAACUUGUUUCUGCAUGCAUGUUUAUGUGUGUGUUUGUUUUUUUGUGUUAGUUUGUAUGUUUUUUUCAGGGCUGUCAGAAGCUUGAAAAGAUUUGAUUUUUUUUAGAAUAUUUAAAAUUGAAAGAUUGUAAUUAAAACAUUUGCUAUGAUUUAUUUAUAUUUUAACAAGUUAGCCAAAUGACAUAGCAAUCUUUCUACAUUUUGUUGUAACAUUUUGUUGAAGCUACAUUCAGUGCAUAUCUUUCCAUAAUUCACCCUCCAGGUAAACGUGUGUGUGCAGGGGAGGGUUUGGCACGUAUGGAGAUCUUUCUAUUCCUCACCACCAUCUUGCAGAAGUUCACCUUAAAGCCAACAGUGAACAAAAAGGACAUUGAAAUAAAUCCAGAGCCAGGAAGCAACGCUUCAAGACCUUGCCUAUACCAAAUGUAUGCUGUGCCUCGCUCACAUCCCUAGAUGGGCUAAUUAAUCAUCAAUAUUAUGAUAACUUGAUAAGAAACACACCAUAUUGAAAAUAUUCUACUUAAAAUAUUGAAUGACCUCUUCAUUUUCUUUUUUGCUCUUUUGACAAGUUGAGUAUGUUAUUCCUUUAAUUCUUGUCUUAUUAUUUCAGUCAUUAGCCCAUGGUUCACAGUGAGCACCAGCUGUCAUGUGAAUAUUUUAAUGUGGACAUCACAUCACAUCAGAAAUCUAACACCUCCCCACAUUCAAAUGUGUUUUGUUGCCUUUGUAAACAUUUUAAAAUCUUUGGUUUAAUUAAUAACACUAAUUAUUAUUGUAAAAUGACUUUAGGGUGCAUUCCACUCAUACAGCUGUACAAAUAUUAAACUUAUCUUCAGCAAAAAAAAUUUUUCAAUUGAACUACUUUGUCGAAUUUUUUUUUUUUUAGACUGGCUGAAUUUUGGUCACAUGAAGAUUUGGCUAGUUCGAAUUUAGGUAACGAAAAGUAUUCAAUAAAAUUAAUCAGAUGAACCAAGAAGGCGCGAAAUUGGGCCUAUCAAUGUCCUGCGUAAUAUAUGUAUAAUAUAAAUACUAUGUAUAUAUUUACAAUACACCCAUAGGUGCAUUAUGCUGCCUUUUGGUUAACAGAUCAAUUGAGAAAAAGUAACCACUAGUCGGAAAAAGAGGAGGAGCAGUAAAAUAAAAAAAGCUUUGCUUAUUUAUAUAUUAUAUAUUUAUAAAAAAUGUAAUAUAUAUAUAUAGUUAUAUAAAUAUAUCCAUAUUUUUAAUUUCUUUAUUAUUUUUUUACUGCACUUUCAUUUUUCACUUGAUCUGUGUAUAAAAUUGAUAUUUAGUGACUGUUCCUUUAAUUAUAAUUUUUUAACCACAAGCUCUCUCUUUUUUUGGUGUCAUGAGCGAAUUCCAAAACACAAAUGAAAACAAACAUGCUUGUUCAUUGCUGUCGAAAAAGCUAAAGGGUAUUCAAUGCUAAGCUUUAACUUGAAUAGUCCAAACGGCAGCUAAAUCACCAGAGCCGGGGUCUCUCGUCCCGUCCACAAACAGAUGAAAGUACAAGGAGAGGUGCAGCACCUAAUGUGUCCAUAAAAAUAUAUGUAUAAAAGCAGGGACAAAAAGAAAAAAGGGAAAAUAUAUAGUGUAGUAUGUCACUGUCCAAAUAAAUAGAAUAAAACAAAAGAAAUACACUCACAAUUUCCAGGAGCUAAAAUUGUAGCUCCAACGUGAAUGCCUGGGCUUAAAAAUCCCUGCCUAUGGCUAUAGUGUGGUUCCUGGUGGGUGCAGUCACUCAAAUGGUGGAAACAUAAGCAGCUCUGUGGAUAUGGGCUUAGGUUAUUAUAGUGUAGUGCCCACUUGUAAUUAUAGAUCAUGGUCUUUUCCCUCCAGAAAUAUAUGAGAAAAAAGAAAAACCAAAAUAUUUGUACCGUAAAGCACAGAAUGUAAUUAAAGUGGUAAGAAAUUUACUCACAUUUGAUGGAGCAGAUGUGGACUGCUCUAUUCCUCGGGCUUGGGUGGUACAAUCCCCACCACGGAUACAGUAGUUCAAGCAGAAUAGCAGCAAAGGUUGGUCCAAUAAAAAAAGUACUUUCAUUUAAAGGUAAUUAAUAUAAAAAUAUAAAACAAGACAAAAUACACUCAAAUUGUUGUAUUCAUUCUUUUCUUGGUUUAGUUACAUUUCAUAGCUACUAUGUGUGGCACUACAUCUACCUGUGUUUAAAGGAAUUCUCUAAGCCAGGUUUAGGCAACCUGGCUUAGAGAGAUGUUGUGGACUACAUCUCCCCUGAUGCUUUUCUAGCAUUAUGCCGGAACGUCUAGCCUUGACUUAUCCUUCUUCUGAGACAACAACGGUUACUCCUCCCGAGCCAAUGCAAUUAGGAGUUACACGAUUGUCUGAGACAGAGAGACAAAACCGUAGAAGGGAGGGGUUAUGCUUGUAUUGCGGUAAGAAAGGACAUUCCCGCUUUACAUGUCCUAACCGACCGGAAAACUCCCGCACCUAAGCCCUAAAGGGGCCUUGGGUGUUAUGUGUAUGUCCUCCUUCAAUGAUAAGAGAGAUCUUAGGCUUCUUCUACCAAUAACUAUUGAAUGGGAAAGAAAAAGGGUAUCUACCACUGCUUUAAUAGAUUUUGUGGAUCACGAAUUCGGUAAAAAACAUGCUCUCCCAUUCCAAACUAGAUCUGCACCCUUGGCCAUUGAGGCCAUAGAUGGUAGACCACUGUCGGUACCUCUGAUCACUCAAGAAACUACUCCUCUGGUAUUGUCCGUAGGUUUCCUUCAUAAGGAGGUUAUAACCAUGCAACAAAUAACUUCUCCCAUUUUUCCUGUUAUCCUUGGUUUUCCUUGGCUAUCCCAGCAUAAUCCUUUAAUUGACUGGGAAAGAAAAGAAAUUCUAAAAUGGGGAGAUUCUUGUUUCAGAAGGUGCAUUACCCCAAGUAAACCAGUAGGUCUGAUUAAUAUACCUACUAUGGAACCCUUAACCACUCAGAUACCCAAACAAUAUUCUGAUAAAGCUAUCUGAUAAAGCUAUCUUUGAACCAUGAGAAGCAGAAAAAUUACCACCUCACCGUGCAUACGACUGUGCCACCGACCUGUUACCCAGCACUAUGCCCCCUAGAGGCACUGUGUAUCCCCUUUCUAUAGCUGAGAAUAAAGUAUUAGAAGAAUACAUUAAAGAAAAUUUAAGAAAAGGGUUUAUUACUAAAUCAUCAUCUCCAGCGGGCGCCAUUUUUUUCUUUGUUUCCAAAAAGGAGGUAGAUUUAAGACCCUGCAUUGAUUAUAGAGGAUUAAAUAAGAUAACUAUACAGAACGCUUAUUCGAUUCUAUUAGUUACUGAACUCUUCGACAGGUUGAAAGGAGCAACUAUCUUUUCUAAAUUGGACUUGCGGGGAGCAUAUAAAUGAAUCAGGAUUAAGAAAGGGCAUGAAUGGAAGACCGCAUUUAAUACUCGCUAUGGUCGCUACGAGUACCGGGUUAUGCCCUUCGGGUUAUGUAAGGCCCCUGCAGUCUUCCAAGACUUCAUUAAUGAUGUUUUAAGAGAUUAUUUACAGAUGUUUGUAAUAGUCUAUCUGGACGAUAUAUUGAUCUACUCUAAAAACAUGGAAGAACACUAUAAACACGUCAGGUUAGUUCUUUCUAAAUUAUAAAAAAUGGACUCUAUUGUAAGCAAGAGAAAUGCUUGUUUCAUAAAGAUGAAGUGCAUUUCCUAGGUUACAUCAUAUCAGGAACCGGUUUUCAAAUGGAACCAAAAAAGCUAGAAGCUAUUCAGCAAUGGCCCUUGCCCGUUGGACCGUUGGACUUAAAGCCAUCCAACGCUUCCUGGGGUUUGCUAAUUAUUACCGGAAAUUUAUUAAGGGGUUCUCCUCUAUAACCGCCCCAAUUACUGCCAUGACUAAAAAGGGAAGGAAUCAUAUGGAAUGGGGUCUAGAGGCUAAAAGAGCUUUUGAGAGGUUAAAAGAGUUAAAAAUACGAAAGCUGAUGCCCUAUCCCGCCAAUAUGAACAUUUAUCACCUCCCGAAGACGUGUUGUCUUCUAUAAUCCCUACUGACCACAUAAUAGCCACUGUACAUGAUAAAAUCUCUUCGGGAUUGAUGGAAGAACUUUCUAAAUUCCAGUAUCGUUCUUCAUUGACUGUUCCCCGGGGAAAAUUGUACGUGCCCUUAACCUAUCGCAAUAGAGUCUUCUCCCUAGUGCAUGAUUCCAAAUUGUCAGGGCACUCAGGAAUACAUAAAACUGAAUCGUUGCUUGAGAAACAGUUCUGGUGGCCUUCAUACAAGAAAGAUGUUCGUGAAUUUGUUCUUGCAUGUAGUAUCUGUUCCUCGACUAAAUCUCCCAAAGGCCGUCCUUUUGGUCUUCUCAUGCCAUUGCCGAUUCCAAAUACACCCUGGUCAAGUAUUGCUCUGGAUUUUGUAGUGGACCUUCCUCAUUCUAAGAAUCACAGCGUUAUAUUGACUGUUAUAGACAGAUUCUCUCAAAUGUCCCAUCUGGUCCCACUUGUCAAAUUACCUUCUCCUUCCGAACUGGCUUCUAUGUUUAUGGCUUCUUAAGGGAAGUUGUCCGGUUACAUGGAAUACCCCAAGAUAUUGUUUCCGACAGGGGUCCGCAAUUUGUUUCACGGUUCUGGAGAGCAUUUUGUAAACAAUUGGGUAUCAACCUUAGUCUUUCUUCUUCCUACCAUCCCCAAUCAAAUGGGGUUACGGAAAGAAUAAAUCAAUGUCUAGAACAGUAUAUCCACUGUUUUACUUCGGAACAUCAAGAUGAUUGGGUUGAGUUGCUGCCAUGGGCAGAAUUUGCCCACAACAAUCAGGUGUAUGAAUCUACUCAACACAGUCCCUUUUUUAUCAAUUACGGUUUUAACCAUUCUACCCCUCUGAGUUCCUUUUCUUCUACUGGAAUGCCAAGUGUGGACAGCACUGUCCGGAAUAUGAAGGAAACUUGGUUAGGAGUUAAACAGAUCUUGAUUCAAAGGGUCAAGAUUCAAAAAAUCAAUGCGGAUAGGCACCGAAGGGCUGCCCCCACAUUCAGUACUCGUAACAUAAAACUUAAAGUCCCGUCCAUGAAGUUUGCACCACGUUUUAUAGGACCUUUGCGGAUCAUUCAACGCAUCAACCCUGUAUGUUAUAGACUGCAUUUGCCAUCUACCAUGAAGAUUCCUAACUCAUUUCAUGUGUCUCUUCUCAAGCCCUUAAUAUGUAAUCGUUUUACUCGAAGUCCCUCGAAACCUCUUCCUCCUGUUGUUGUAGAGCAAAACGAAUAUGAGGUAAAGUCCAUUUUGAAUUCCCAUAUUUCUAGAUGGGGGCUUCAAUAUCUCUUGGAUUGGAAGGGUUAUGGUCCCGUGGAAUGCCCCCCGCCUGGUUCAUUUAUUUGAAAGGAGGCAUUCUGCCCUCACAGUGGGCGGUUCUAGAGGGGGGGGUACUGUGACGAUGCCUUACCUUUCCUCCUCGGUCCCGCGCCACACAGCAUCCUCUUCCAGUGAGCGGCACAGCCCUUCUGACGCCGGCCGCUCACAUCGCACAUAUUUUUACAAGUAUAUGCCGACGUACGUCACACGCGUCAUACGCGACCACGCCCCCAGACCUUCUGGGGGUGUGGUUUUAAAGCAAUAUACCCCACACUAUAAAAGGGCGUCCCUGUCACUUGAGAGGCGGUUCUUGUUAGUACCUCUAGUGCUUAUACUCUCCUUUAGUGUUGAUUCCCUUGUUAUUGACUUUUGGCUUUCCCUUUUGACUACUCUGCUCUCUGGUUUCCCAUACUUUGGCUAGGUCUUAUCAUUUAUCCAUCUUCUGUACUUCCUUGAUCUCUGGCUAUCCAUUUGACUACUUAGUCCGGCCACUCUAAGGUAUACGUUCUUCUCUGGGUUACACUCUGUGAGAAGGGGUCACUAUCUUGACAAGUGUAGUCCAAGUGCAUCAUUCAAUGAGAGAGCACUGUGCUCAGAGCACAUGGUCACUAAUGUUGAAAUAGUGCUCCCUGUAUGGUCCACCCUCAGUGUGCUGGCCUAUUUGAUUGGCAGGCAGCCUGGCAUGGGCAGUGACACUGGCUCACCUCCUUUUACAUCAGCCAUCAGUGUCCUAUUUCUCAGAACACUGAUGUUGGGGGGGUAUGUAAUUGCAAUAAACACAUUCUAUCUGACUCUGUACUCGCUAUGUUACAUUAGAAGUUUAUCAUUCCUCCUUUAUCCAACCUAUACCUUUAUCAUGGUCGGGCGUGAGGCUCAUACUGGAUGUUAUCUCCGUCACUUGCAAUGACUGAUAUGAUAUGGAGACUUGCAGCUGAUUUGCUUUUGUCUCCAUUCAGCUUAUAAAAUCUGUGAAAAGUUCCAAAUAAAUCCUCUGGAUCUGUGUUACGUUAUUCUGUCUGGGCCAUAUGUCCCCCUGCGUUGGUUGUAGAGCACUCACAAAAGAGCUAAGGAUGAAAUAUCAAUAAGAUUUAUCAAUAAUAAAUAACAACAAUAAAUAAUUAACUAGUAAGUAAGGCACAUUAAGUAAGACCUUCCUGUUGGAUGUAAAGAUCGUUAGGUAGUUUCAUUACGUGAAGUCUCUUAAAGUCAUAGUAGAGUAGGUAAGAUAUCUCUUAAAACUUAACUUUUAUUAUGUAAAACAUAGAAAAACAAGUGUGACAAAAUCCCCUUUUCAAGUGAGUUUGCCAAGAGUUCCUGGAGGAGCCUGCUUGCCAGCUUCCUGCCCACAGACCAUGGACCUUGUAAAAUGUGAUAUAAAAGUCUCCGUUCGUGAAUUUGGACUAUAUGGUUUGGGAACCCAACAGCUGCAUGAACCGCAGACCACCCUUGUUAAGCCUACUUGCUACUUUGUAAUAAUUUCCACCUCAGUGUUCUAAGUGUUCGUCUGGGUGGCCGCAAUUCCUAUGGACGGCCACAAGGUGGCGGCCAUCUUUUUCACAUGAACGCAAGCAGUGGUGUUUGGUCGUCGAGUUCAUGGAACUAUUUUCAGAUACUGAAACUCCCGAACACCGCUGGACUUCCAUGAUCGUGGUUUGUCCCUUGUUCCAGCUAGGAAGCGGUCCUUUGGCGGAGGUACCCAGUCAGGGUACAUGGGGCUCUGCUACAACAAGAUUGAAUUAAAUAAACCGAACUGAGUGAAAAAGGGAUCAAAUAUGUGAAUAUAAAUAGCUCAAUAUGAAUAGUCAACCAGUAUUUUGAUAUCUAUGUAGAUGUACCAGGAGUAGUUUGUGUAAUGGAAUCGCCUCUACGAGCCGUAGUUGAUUGUUAAUCAGCAACAAUGUUAACCAAGUGAGACUCCAACAUAAUGUGUCCAGAGUAUCACCAUGAAAGUCCUGGGAAAAGAGCACGUGAAUAUUGACGAUAGUCCAAAUCCGGGACAUUGCUGCAAUAUUAAAAAAAAAAGUGUUAGAAAAAACACAUAGUCGCUAUAAAUCACUCGAAACAAAAGCGUGUUGAGAUGAAAAUAGCGUAGUAUAGCCUAAGCGUUCAAAGGCAUAAAAUGCCAAGAAGUAAAAAAAAACAAAAAACAAAAAAACUUAUUUAUUUAGUUUGUAUUUAGUAAAAUCUUGUUUUUCUUUUUUUUACGUAAUAAAAGUUGAGUUUCAGGAGAUUCCUUACCUACUCUACUAGGACAGACUAUUCUCUUUUUAUAAAUAUUUUAAUUUCCCUUUCUCCACAGUCCCUGGUUUGUGAAUAACCCUGAGAAGUUUAUUCAUUUAAAACCAUAUUGUAUUUAGUGCAUUAAAAACCGAAUUGCAAAGUUUAGGCUGCCGUGGCCAAGCUGUGACUAGUGAAUUAAAGAUUUUACUUUGCAUUAAUUUUUUGUCCUCUAUUUUUACCUACAUUUUUUCAAUUGUUUUAAAAUCACUGAAAUUCUGUAUUUAGUAAAGAAAACUGCAACAUGUUUUUUAUUUACCUGGGAUCGAUUUUUCUUUUCAUAAGUCUGGUCUAUAAAUAACGCUAAAUGCUUGUAAUUACAAUUUACUUCUUCAAUCAAAGUUAUCAUGUUAGUACUUGGUUUUGUAUCUGUUCUUUCUAAACUUGUAACUCCUACCCCAGAACACGAUAUUAUCAUUUGUGUCUGAGUAUUACUAAGCAUGUUCUGAGAUAAGGAUUGUAUUGCAGAACUUCAUGUAACCAUUUACACGCCCCAGCAAUGAACUCAGAUGCACCUGGCAAACCUUUUUCACUGCCAUUAGUUGACGCUGGAAUGCUGCCCAUAUAGGUACGUAGGUUGUUUGGACUCAGAAAGCCAUUUGACGGGGAAACAUUCUCCUGUUAUUGUCAUCAUGUCCCUGGGACUCGCAGCUACAUUUCUUCUGGUCUCCUUUGUCACCCUCCUGCUGUACCUAAUAACAUGGAAAGGAGGGAAAAAGCUGGAAAACCUGCCCCCAGGACCCACGCCUCUGCCCCUGCUGGGGAAUAUUAUGCAGAUUAGCACCACAGAAUUGCCCCAAUCCCUGGUUAAGGUGAGUAAAAUAAUUGUUCUUUAAUAAUUUGUGUUUGGUCACCUCACCAUUUCAAUGUUUUAAUACAAUCCACAGUACUACAUACAAUAUAUUCUGCAAACAUGGUAUCUUACGUUAGUACUCUAGAAAAUGCAGAACCAUUAUUAAUUACAAUAAUUAACGCAAAAUCAGUUUAGGAAAGCUGGAUGAAAUUGACUAUUAUGCUGUAUGUGAAAAUGUUUUCUGUAAAACCUCUUUUUACAGGUUGAAAGGGUAUUUAACCAUUUGAAGAGAUUAGAAGCGGCCACGUGAUAUAAAUUAUCUAUUAAAUAUAUACAUUAUUUCUUCUUACUGUCCAAUUUGGAAAUAAAUCUUUAAUGAUCUCAAAUUCGGAUUCCUUGUAGUUCUGUCCUUUGUUCGUUUCACACAGUGUAUUGAAAAGUUGAAUAGUUUUGUUGUCAUUACAAAAGAAAAAAAAAAAAAACCAGAAUAUUGAAGGAUAUAAUUGAAAUGUAUGUGAACAGGUUGUUAAUCCGAGGAGAAAUCUGAUUGCCAUUAUAAAGUCAAAAAGGAUUUUUUAUAUAUUUGUUAUUUGUGGCAUAAUUGGAAAUGGCUACAUUUGUUUUGGGGAUUUGGGGGGCUUUUUUUGGAUUAACAGCAUAAAAGAAUGUUGAAGAGUGAGUAACCUUAUACAGGAUACAGUCCAAAUAAACAAAAAUAUAAUCUAUAAUAUAACCUUUAUUAUAUUCAAUUCAAACUAAUCAAUAUAUCUGCAACACUUUUGAAUAGCACAGAUUAUGGGCACUAUGUGACGAUGUCAUAUCCUCACAUCCCCACACAUUGGAUGCGUCUCCUACACACCUUUAACCCCUUAAGACCGCAGGGCAUUCUAUGCCGACCUUAUUUAGAUGGCUCUAAACGCCGCAGGGCGGCAUAGAACGCCCUGCGAUCUUUUGUACUUACCUGGGAGCCAGGGAGUCCCCCUCCGUCCUCUUCGGCGCCCCUGGGCCAUGGACCUCGCGAUCACAUGGACGGCAUAGCCAUCCAUAGCAAUGCCAGCAGGGGGAGUGCCUGUAAUGACAGGUACUCCCCCUGCUGCCUGAAAUAAAAAAUUAAAAAGUUUAAAACUGUGUAAAAUUAAUUAAUAUAUACUUAGAUCAUAUAUACUUAUUAUAUAUAUGAUCUAAGAAUAUAUAUAUAUAUAUAUAUAUAUAUAUAUAUAUAUAUAUAUAUAUAUAUAUAUAUAUAUAUAUAUAUAUAUAUAUUAAAAAAAAAAAGUUCCAAAGAUAGCACUCCAGGGACUUGUAAAAAUUAACUUUUAUUACCUUCACUAAAACAUCCAAAGAGUCAACGUUUCAGCCUGAUACCCUCAAGCUUUCGUCAGGACAUCAAACAAUUUAAAAAGGUGGAGUGCAAGAUUUUCUUUGUUUUCUUAGUUUUUUAUAUAUAUACACAUAUACACACAUGCACAUAAAUACACAUACACUGUCUACGUGUAUUUUAAUAUUAAUAUAUACAUAAUUAUAUAUAUAUAUAUACAUUAAUAUCAAACUACAUGUACAAUGAUAUUGAUUAUAUAUAUAUAUAUAUAUAUAUAUAUGUAUAUAUAUAUAUAUAUAUAUAAUUUUCAUUACACCAUAAAACCUGUACAUGGGGGGUACUGUUUUACUCAGAAGACUUCGCUGAAUACAAAUAUUAGUGUUUCAAAACAGUAAAAUUUAUUACAACGACGAUAUUGUCAGUGACAGUGACAUUUUUUGCAUUUUUCACACACAAAUGGCACUUACACUGACGAUAUAAUUGUUGUGAUACGUUUUACUGUUUUGAAACACUAAUAUUUGUGUUCAGCGAAGUCUCCCGAGUAUAACAGUACCCCUCAUGCACAGGUUUCAUGGUGUUUUCAAAAGUAACAGAGUCAAAUAUAAGGCUUGCGUUUCCAUUUAUUCACAUUAAAAUUCGCCAGGUUGCCUUUGAGACCGUACGGUAGCCCAGGAAUGAAAAUUACCCCCAUGAUGGCAUACCAUUUGCAAUAGUAGACAACCCAGGGUAUUGCAAAUGGGGUAUGUUCAGUCUAUUUUAGUAGCCACUUAGUCACAAACACUGGCCAAAAUUUGCGUUCAAAUUCGUUUUUUGCAUUUUCAAAUAUUAACACUAACUUUGGCCAGUGUCUGUGACCAAAUGGCUACUAAAAAAGACUGGACAUACUCCAUUUGCAAUACCUUGGGUUGUCUACUUUUGCAAAUGGUAUGCCAUCAUGGGGGUAAUUUUUAUUCCUUGGCUACCAUAUGGUUUCAAAGGCAACUUAACCAAUCUGGCGAAUUUCAAUGUGAAAAAAAUGAAAUAUGUAACACGCUAUAUUUGACUCUGUAACUUUCCAAAACACCAUAAAACCUGUACAUAGGGGGUACUGUUUUACAGAUGAGACAUAGCUGAAUACAAAUAUGUGUAUGUUACUGCAGUAAAAGCAAACAGUAUUAUGACAUUCAUAGUUAAAAUGUCACGUAGAACUAAAAUAUUUUUUACAAAUUCUUAUUUUCUCCCAUUUUUUUAUAUUUGUGUUCAUUUUAAAUUAUGUUCCACACCUAAAUAUUUGAUGUUAAAUGAAAGCCCUGUUUCCCCUGAAUAAUAUGAUAUAUAGUAAGUGUGGGUGCAUUUAAAAUGAAUGAGGUGAAUUACGGUUGGACAGACAUACAGCGCAAAUGCCAGGUUUUGUUUACGUUUUGUUUUGAUCACAACUUGUACAUUUGGCCGCAGUCUUAAGGGGUUAACCCCUAAACCACUUAACACCGUUACGGCGUUCUAUGCCAUCGCGGCUUUAAAGGGCUUUAAAGCCGUUGCAGCGGCAUAGAACGCCGUAACGGCUUAAGCCCAGGGGAGGUAAGAUUUACUUACCUCCGCUACGAUCCUCUUCAGGAGGGCUGCAUGACAGCCCAGGCAGCCCUCCCCCGGCGAAUGAGGCGAUCACAUCGCCCCCUAUAGCUGGCUGUGGAUCUGCCAGCAGGGGGACUGUCUGAAAUGUCAGACAGUCCCCCUGCUGGUGGAAAGUGUAAAAAAUAUAAAAACUAGUUAUGUUUUAAAAUAAAUUAAAUGUAUAAUAUAUAUGUAACGUCAUACAUAGUGUAUUUUAAUACUAAUAUUAGUAUAUAUAUAUAUAUUAAUAUUAAAAUACACUUAGAAUGACGUUACAUAUAUAUACUAUGUAUAUAUAUUAUAUAUGUAUUAAGGCCAUUAGGCCUGAAUUUGUGGGAGGAGUAAGUCCCCUACUUAAACUCCCAGCCCCUACUCACCUCUGCCGUUCAGCUGAUUGUCUUCAUAGCAACCAGCACUUCCGGUCCGAGCUUCCCGCCAAACAGCUCCAGUCUCUCAGCAGCAAAAGUUGUCCAGGGGAAUCCUCUGUCCGUCUGGCCAUCCGUCCUGCAGCCCUGUCACCAGCCAUCCUGCAGCCCUGUUACCAGCCUUCGUCCCGGCCGCGGUACUUUGCUUCCGGUCACGAGACCGGCACGCUCACGUAAGCUUGUGAGGGAAAUAGCAUUCGGCUAUUUCCCUCCGUUCAGGCCUAAAAAUGUAGGGGUAGGCUCCCUAAACUCUCUCAUUAUCUAUUUUCGUAUACUUACCUAUUCGUGCAUUUUCACUAAACUAGACGAACGCGCGCUAUACUUACGCUUCAUGGGGGCUUUCGCACAAUCCAAACCGCCGAACUACGCACAUUCGAACAUUAAGUUAAACUAAUCUUUUCAUUUCAGUUUUUCACUUGAUCAUACGCACAAAGCAUGUACCUAUUACUUACCCGUUCGAGCAUUUCAAGCGAUUCGUGUAAACCAUUCACCCCUCGCUAACUUUCCUAAUUCAAGCUAUUUUAUACAAUCGCACAUUUUUAAUUAACCUAAGCAGAUCCCCCGUUCGGUUAUAACUACCAUUCCCUUUCAAUAUAAUAUACACAUUUCGUGCACACGAAUUCAUAUUAUUACCAAUACUGUCUGUUCGGUUAUUUAACUGUUUGUACUACCUGUCAGUAAGAGUUAUUAAAGACAUGCCUUAACCCCUUAAGGACUGGACUGUUUUUGCGAUGUUGUACAUUUGCGACCAGGCAUAUUUUUACACUUUUGUGGUGUUUGUGUUUGGCUGGAAUUUUCUGCUCUCUCAUUUACUGUUCCCAUACAAAUUAUAUAUUGUUUUUUUCAGGACAAAAGGGGCUUUCUUUACAUACCAUUAUUUAUAUAAUCUCAUGUAUUUUAAUUUAAAAAAAAAAAAAAUAUGAUGAAAAAUUGAAAAAAAUACAUGUUUUUUUACUUUUACUUGAAAAAUCUUUUACUCAUCUACAAAAGUGAAUUAAAAAAACUGCUAAAUAGAUUCAAAAUUUUGUCCUGAGUUUAAAAAUACCCCAUGUUUACAUGCUUUUUUGCUUUUUUUUUUGCAUGUUAUAGGGCUAUAGGUACAAGUACAGGGAGUGCAGAAUUAUUAGGCAAAUGAGUAUUUUGACCACAUCAUCCUCUUUAAGCAUGUUGUCUUACUCCAAGCUGUAUAGGCUCGAAAGCCUACUACCAAUUAAGCAUAUUAGGUGAUGUGCAUCUCUGUAAAGAGAAGGGGUGUGGUCUAAUGACAUCAACACCCUAUAUCAGGUGUGUAUAAUUAUUAGGCAACUUCCUUUCCUUUGGCAAAAUGGGUCAAAAGAAGGACUUGACAGGCUCAGAAAAGUCAAAAAUAGUGAGAUAUCUUGCAGAGGGAUGCAGCACUCUUAAAAUUGCAAAGCUUCUGAAGCGUGAUCAUCGAACAAUCAAGCGUUUCAUUCAAAAUAGUCAACAGGGUCGCAAGAAGCGUGUGGAAAAACCAAGGCGCAAAAUAACUGCCCAUGAACUGAGAAAAGUCAAGCGUGCAGCUGCCACGAUGCCACUUGCCACCAGUUUGGCCAUAUUUCAGAGCUGCAACAUCACUGGAGUGCCCAAAAGCACAAGGUGUGCAAUACUCAGAGACAUGGCCAAGGUAAGAAAGGCUGAAAGACGACCACCACUGAACAAGACACACAAGCUGAAACGUCAAGACUGGGCCAAGAAAUAUCUCAAGACUGAUUUUUCUAAGGUUUUAUGGACUGAUGAAAUGAGAGUGAGUCUUGAUGGGCCAGAUGGAUGGGCCCGUGGCUGGAUUGGUAAAGGGCAGAGAGCUCCAGUCCGACUCAGACGCCAGCAAGGUGGAGGUGGAGUACUGGUUUGGGCUGGUAUCAUCAAAGAUGAGCUUGUGGGGCCUUUUCGGGUUGAGGAUGGAGUCAAGCUCAACUCCCAGUCCUACUGCCAGUUCCUGGAAGACACCUUCUUCAAGCAGUGGUACAGGAAGAAGUCUGCAUCCUUCAAGAAAAACAUGAUUUUCAUGCAGGACAAUGCUCCAUCACACGCGUCCAAGUACUCCACAGCGUGGCUGGCAAGAAAGGGUAUAAAAGAAGAAAAUCUAAUGACAUGGCCUCCUUGUUCACCUGAUCUGAACCCCAUUGAGAACCUGUGGUCCAUCAUCAAAUGUGAGAUUUACAAGGAGGGAAAACAGUACACCUCUCUGAACAGUGUCUGGGAGGCUGUGGUUGCUGCUGCACGCAAUGUUGAUGGUGAACAGAUCAAAACACUGACAGAAUCCAUGGAUGGCAGGCUUUUGAGUGUCCUUGCAAAGAAAGGUGGCUAUAUUGGUCACUGAUUUGUUUUUGUUUUGUUUUUGAAUGUCAGAAAUGUAUAUUUGUGAAUGUUGAGAUGUUAUAUUGGUUUCACUGGUAAUAAUAAAUAAUUGAAAUGGGUAUAUAUUUGUUUUUUGUUAAGUUGCCUAAUAAUUAUGCACAGUAAUAGUCACCUGCACACACAGAUAUCCCCCUAACAUAGCUAAAACUAAAAACAAACUAAAAACUACUUCCAAAAAUAUUCAGCUUUGAUAUUAAUGAGUUUUUUGGGUUCAUUGAGAACAUGGUUGUGGUUCAAUAAUAAAAUUAAUCCUCAAAAAUACAACUUGCCUAAUAAUUCUGCACUCCCUGUAGAAUAUUGCGGUUUCAAAACAUAAAUUUUUUAAAUUUAUCAAUAGUGACAUUGUAACACUAUUAUCUGUCAUAAAUCUCUGAAUAACACCCCACAUGUACAUAUUUUUUUUAAAGUAGACAACCCAGGGUAUUCAAUAUGGGGUAUGUCCAGUCUUUUUUAGUAGCCACUUAGUCGAAAACACUGGCCAAAGUAAGCAUUCAUAUUUGUUUGUGUGUGAAAAAAGUAAAAAAACUAAAUUGAACGCUAAUUUUGGCCAGUGUUUGUGACCAAGUGGUUACUAAAAAAGACUGGACAUACCCCAUUUGCAAUACCUUGGGUUGUCUUCUUUUGCAAAUGGUAUGCCAUCAUGGGGGUAAUUCUCAUUCCUGGGAUACCAUACGCUCUCAAAGGCAACGUAACCAACCUGGCCAUUUUCAAUGUAAAAAUAUUUGACCCAUAUAUUUGACCUUGUAACUUUCAAAAAUGCUAUAAAACCUGUACAUGGGGGGUACUGUUUUACUCGGGAGACAUUGCUGAACACAAAUAUUAGUGUUUAAAAACUGGAAAACGUAUCACAACAAUUAUAUCAUCAGUAAAAGUGCUGUUUGUGUGUGAAAAAUGCAAAAAAAGUCACUUUCACUGACAAUAUCAUCGCUGUGAUAUGUUUUACUGUUUUGAAUCACUAAUAUUUGUGUUCAGCGAAGUCUCCCGAGUAAAACAGUACCCCCCAUGUACAGGUUUUAGGGUGUCGUAGAACGUUACAGGGUAAAAUACAGUGCUAGCAAUUUCAAUUCUCUGGAAUUUCGGCCUGGGUUGGCAGGCAGGUCCCUUAAAUUGCAAUCAAUAAAAUUACUGAAUUAUGUAAAACUAUUACAUAAAUACGCACGUAGAAUUUAAAUAUAUAUGCAUAUUUAUAUAUCUGAAGUCUACGUGUAUAUUUAUAUAAUUAUUUAUGUAAUUUUGUAUAUGGACAUAUGUAUAUUUCUUAUUAUUUUUAUUUAUUUUUAUAUACAUAGAUAUAUAUACAAAUUCAUUCUAAGUGUAUUUUGAUAUAAAUAUAUAUAUAUAUUAAUUUUAAAAUACAGUUAGAAUAAAAUUUCAUAUAGAUAUAUAAUUUUUUUUAUUUUUUUAUUAUUAUUUUAAAUGUUUUUUAUUUAAUUUAAAUUACAUAUUAUUUAUAUUUUAUAAUAAUAUAUAUAUACAAUAUAUAUAGUUAUUAUAUAUAUUAUAUAUAUACGUGUGUAAUUUAAUUAUAAGUGUAUUUUUAUAUUAAUAUAAGUACAUAUUAAUAUAAAAAUACACUUAGUAUGGCAUUAUAUAUAUAUGAUAUAUAGACAUAUGGGAAGGCGGAGCCUGGAGUUGUGGGAGGGGUUGAAACCGGCCUAUAUAAACUCACUACUUACCUCCAUACCUUGCUGACAACGCUUGGUCACUUCCGGUUCCGGUCCAGACGGCGGGAAUCAACUACACCAGGUCAUCAGCCUUCACAGCAGCAGGAUCACUUUCCGUUAAUCAGGCUCGGCGGUAGCAGAUACCCUCGUUCACGGCGCGCUCGCCGACUGCACACGCCACCAAGAACUUCCGGAGCGCCGGGUCGCACUUCCGGGGUCAAGGGACCGGUAAUCGUGAGUACGGGCAUACGAACGCUCAAACUCACGAACUAAAUACAACAUUUCGACACAUCUGGGCGAACAGUAAUUACACGAAUCCAACAGGCGAGAGCAAGGGGAACACAUACGAAUAGGUCUUAAAAUUCCGCGAACGCUUUACAUUCGGUUUUAAACACUCGAAUCCAACCAGGUCUAAAUGCAUGAAUAUGGCUUCCAUAACACACGAAUGACAAACACGAAUUACUAUACGUUACAACACUCUGUUUUUUUUUUUCUCUUUCCCCCCUUCCUACUCUCACAGUAAUACUGCCACCUACAGGCGAAUUUAACGUAUUACACUCUAUGUAUGCAACAGUUUAAAAUGAAGUAUGAUUUCUGUGUAUAUGUAUUAAAGUAUAACAUAAUAAUUGUAUAAGUCGGGUAACUUCAUCACCAAUACGGGCUAAGUCAUUAAAUAUUUAAGGAAUAUCCACAAUAAUAUUUUCGUUAAUAAAUCGGUUAAGAGAAUAUUUGACAGAGCAUAUAAAUAACUAGUAGGCGGGCGUAUACGUUUAUAGCGGUCUGUUCACAACUAUAGGUAACUAAAUAGACAUAAAUCACGUAUAAUUUCGGUGGUAGUAACAAUUAAGGGGGAAGGGAAGGGUACCAUUGUUUCAUAUAUACGGCAUGUGGAAAUAGGUACUAAGGUGGAUACAAUAAGGUGAAUUGUAUUAUCAUAUCCUUGCAGGUGGGUCUGUUCUAAAUUGUCAACACACGAACUACACAGCACAAGGGAGUGCCGGUAACAUACGGUACGUUCAUUAGAGAAAUAAGGAGGCACUUGCGCAAGUCUGCUCGGUACUAGAACAUAGUACUAACAUUAGAUAUACUUCAAACCAAUAUGGGUAUCUUAUUACGUCUUACCCUCGUAGGUUAAAGGUCAUCAAGACCAACGCUGGUCAAAACAAACUCGCCAGAGAAGUAGACCACACACUACUUCUGAGGAAUUUAAAUAAUAAGAUACACUUACGGUCCUGGUACAGGUAAUAAAAAAAAAAAAAAAAAAUUAUAUUAUUGGUUAGGGGAGGGGGACACCUAUUCGGGUGGUUUACUUUUAUUAUUCUCAUCUUAGGCCAAGCAUACCUAGCACAUACAGCUACAGACGUAACAUAAAGACCUAAUCAUCAGGUACGUAUUGAUCUAUAAGUCAUACCUACGACACAAUAAUAGACACUGGAAAUAGUGGUGAAAGGAAUGUCUAUAUAAAUGUUAAAUAUAUAUUCUAUUUUCCACAAGAUACUUCCUAAUUAUGCUCAGCACAAAGGUAUUCACCUUCGGUUUAACUCAUAGGUAAAUUCACCAUACUCAACCAAAUAUAAGUAGGUCCUCACCAAGCAUGCCUAGUUCACGGUCAUAGGGUUAAUAAGGCACCUUCCAGCCACAACGCUUCGGUGGCAUAGUCAUACGUCCAACGCAUAGUUGAGCCCCUAUACGGUCCAACGGCUAUCAACAAUACGUCAGCUACCUCGUUAUCUACGACAACUUACUUAUAAGUCACGUCAAACCCUUUGUCAUUUAUAUAGGAUGUCUCACGCCUCCGACAUAGGAGAAGACGUCUCCCCUCCCUGUACGCCAGCCAGACCACAUACCCCUCCAUCGGGCCCAACUAUAGCCGAAAACCUAGAUAGCCCGUGUUCCAUGAGGUCAUGGACAAUUCCAAAAAUCGCUGCAGAACUCAGACGUAGGGGUGUACCAUAUCCGGCCACGGCUAGGAAAGCCGAACUAUAUAGGAUCAUGAUGACAACCAACGACACCCCGCAACCAGGGACCAGCUCACAAGGAAAUAUGAACGAGACCAUAGCAGGCCUGCAAGCCACCAUGACAUCUAUCCUGGCGUCUAUUAGUAACAUCAGCCAGAGAAUGGACAGGCUAGAAGCUCCUGAGCCAAUUAUCGUGGCACCUGAUAUCAGUCUUACACCUGAGAUUGAACACAUAGCCGCACAGGGUAAUGUGACAGGCGCUCCAAUCUCACAAAAUCUUACUACUCACAUUGUCACACCAGCACACUUGGUACCUCCCAACAUUAGGAAAGAUAUUUUAGAGGGGAAAGACGUCAACCUCAUUUCCCUACUGAUAGCGUCCCAAGACGUAGUAGACAAUAAGACCUAUAAUUAUGGGGACUUGUCAGUAGUGAUGAAAGCUAGAGACCCCAGACUAAGUAAAAAAUUAACCAUACCAGAGUUCGUCUUGGCUUUUGGCAUAUAUAGAGACGUUGUAUGCACCACUUUUCCCCAUCGUAGAGAAGAACUUGAUUUGUAUUUGCACAAAUUGGUGGACCUGGGACACAAGUACGGUGGCCAUACGUUCUUUGAUUACCACAAAUCAUUUUCGGCAAAAGCAGCGGCAGCUUUGGUACAAUUCAACAUAAGAACCGAUUGGAGGCACUUAGAUACCGAACUUUUCUGCCGCCAUUUUGCCGGCCUUAUACCACCUUCUUGCGCAAUUUGUUCAUCAAACACCCACACUACCAAUUUGUGCCCAAAUGAACCAAGUCUUCCUACUACCAGCUACGCAGUCCCUAGCACCAGUAGCAUCGAACAGAGGACAUUUAAAGACAAAUUAGGUAGGCCAAUAGUUUUCCUGGGGAAGGCGCAGAUUUGUAACAACUUUAACGCAGGCGGUUGCAGCUUCAGCGCUUGCAGGUUGUUACAUGUCUGCACCUUCUGCCAUAGAGCCCAUGCUAAGACGAUGUGUCCUAACCGACUGUUCCCCAAGAAAUGACUGACGGAAGUCAAUAUCGACACACUAGCCUUUUACCUCAGUUCACACCCAUCCAGGGACUUAGUACAAUUUCUUAUCACUGGUUUCACAGAGGGGUUUCACACGGGGUUGGUGGCACUACCAUCAGGAACGAUUGAGUGCAGGAAUUUACAAUCUGCCACUACUGACCCAGCAACAGUAGACAUCCUGUUGCAAACUGAAGUAGGGAAUGGUUUCAUGUUAGGGCCAUUCACACGGCCACCAUUCACUUGUUGGAGAACCAGUCCGAUAGGAAUCGCAUGGGGCAAAUACAACAAUAAAGCACGAUUAAUCAUUGAUUUGUCAGCCCCUCAUUCCAGCACCACACCAAGCCUAAAUUCACUUAUACCAUCGCCGGAGUUCUCUUUACAAUAUGCCACAGUAGAUAAUGCCAUACAGGCCAUACUGGAAGCAGGGGUAGCAGCUUGGCUCGGGAAAACCGAUAUUUCAAAUGCUUUCAAGCUGCUUCCUUUGCACCCCUCUCUAUGGCAUCUACAUGGGGUAAGGUGGAAAGGUUUAUACUACUUUGCCAACCGGCUGACAUUUGGGGCCAAAAGUAGCCCCAAAUUGUUUGAUAUUUUUGCUGAGACGCUGUGUUGGCUACUGUUAAAUAUCUGCUGUUGCCCAGUGGUCAUACACUAUCUGGACGACUUUCUAACAGUAGAGAAACCUGACACAAUACCACACAGCAUCAACAAGACAGUCGCAUUAUUUAAGACUUUAGGGGUACCAGUGGCCGAGAACAAGACAGUGGGCCCCACCACCAAACUAACCUUCCUAGGUAUCGAAUUAGACUCAACUACCAUGAAAGCUAGCCUGCCAGCGGACAAAGUUCAGAGAAUCCGGGUAGAGGUUGAAUCAUUCCUGGACAAAGGUGUAACGUCAAGGAAGGAUCUUCAAUCACUCCUGGGUUCAAUGAACUUCGCCAUGAGAGUUAUACCACAGGGACGAGCCUUCAUAUCACGCCUACUUAGUUUGUUACCCAACUUACCCAACGACGACAGCAGGGUUACUCUGGACAUUCAGGCUAGGGCAGACCUGACUAUGUGGUACCAUUUCCUCUCAGAAUGGAAUGGGAGAAACUUGUUUAUACCACCAUUGACAUUAAACUCCCCGGUGUUAUGGACGGAUGCGGCAGGUCACGCAGGUUUUGCAGCCAUUUUUGAAAACAGGUGGUUCAGGGACGCGUGGCCUAGUGAAGCAUUAGGCUUACCUGCGUUCACAAAAACGUCGGCACUGUUUGAGAUCUACCCCAUAGUGGCAGCAGCUAAAGUCUGGGGCCACUUAUGGGGAGGGAAAGCUGUCAAAUGCUACACUGAUAACAUGGCGGCUUGCGAGAUUCUGAACAAAGGCAGGUCUUCUUCACUAACAAUUAUGAGCCUGGUCAGGAGACUCACAUGGUUGGCAGCUACACAAAAUUUUUUCCUGACUUGCAUACACGUGCCAGGUCACCACAACUCUGCAGCUGACGCACUAUCCCGUUCAAAAUUACAGGUUUUCAGACAGCUACACCCAACAGCAGAAGAACAGCCAAACAAGGCUCCGCAGUUCAAAGACCUCAUCCUGGACUAAAACUACUCAUGGCACACGGGAGAGCACUAGCAGAGGCCUCACUUUCACCAAACACUAGACGCACUUACAAUCGAGCCUUAAUAUUGUUCAAUAAAUUUGUGACAGAAUACCUCAUCACGAAUCCUUAUAGGUUAGAUACUAUGGUGGCAUUCACCUCUUUUUGCCAUCUCAACUUAAAACUGGCACACAAUACCAUAAAACUCUAUUUAACUGGAGUACAACAUCACGUAAGCAACACAUAUCCCAGCAUAAAAAACUUCCUGUCAGCACACCCCAUUAAAAACAUGCUAAAAGGCAUCCAACGCCUAGAAAACCCAAAACCUACUACACGACUACCCAUCGAUGCUGAGAAAUUCAGGGCAUUGUCCGACAUGUUAGAUACCAAACCUUUCGAUAAUCCCACUAAUAACACACUCAAGACAGCCAUAUACCUGGCAUUUUAUGGGUUUAUGCGGCCCAACGAGCUCACUUUAAGUAAUGUCAACAAUAAGGGGAAUAUGCUGUGUGUAUCAGACUUAAACAAAAUAGGUGAUCACUACACCUUGUCAGUAAAACAUUCAAAAACCAAUCAAAUGGGUCCGCCACUCGACAUUCAAUUUUACCCGACCGGCAAUCAUUGGUGUCCCGUACUACUAUUUGACAAAUACAUGGCCGGUAUGGUUAAUCAACCCAAACAAGCUCCUCUGCUCGCAAUACACAGUCAACCCCUGACGACCUCGAAAUUCAUUAAAUACGUGAGAUUACUAUUCACAAGAAUUGGGUACGAUCCCGCGGCAUAUACAGGCCACUCCUUUCGCAUUGGGGCUGCUACAUCAGCCUCCAGUCAAAACAUACCAGUUCACAUCAUUAAAAAGCUAGGACGUUGGAAAUCUUCGGCGUACCAUCGUUACAUACCUCAACCUGAGAAAGAGUUGAGACAAGCUUUUAAACAAUUGGCUAAAUAAGUACGGAUAAUAAUGUGCCUGUAUACGUAUUAAAGUGUGGAAUGAUAUUUCUCUUUUUGCCCUCUUUAUUUACAGGCCAACCCGUACGUCGGUUUCGGCACACCACAACCGACUUAGUAUAUUUUACUGUUGUUUAGAGGUUUUAGGUCCUCAUAAAUACGGCCUUCUUCCCUGACCACAAAUGGGAAGGCGGAGCCUGGAGUUGUGGGAGGGGUUGCAACCGGCCUAUAUAAACUCACUACUUACCUCCAUACCUUGCUGACAACGCUUGGUCACUUCCGGUUGCCCCACCCACCACACCACAAAGAAUCAAUUAAUUGGUUGGCCCUCUUUAUUUACAGGCCAACCCGUACGUCGGUUUCGGCACACCACAACCGACUUAGUAUAUUUUACUGUUGUUUAGAGGUUUUAGGUCCUCAUAAAUACGGCCUUCUUCCCUGACCACAAAUAUUAUAUAGAUAUAAUAUAUGUCUAUAUAUCAUAUAUACACAUAUAUAAUUAUUAUUAUUUUUUUAAUUAACAUUAACUUUAUUUUAUUUUCUGAUUUUACACUAGCAGGGAGACUGCCUGUCAGCACAGACAGUCCCCCUGCAGGCAGACACAUGGACACCUAUUGUGACCAUGUGAUCACUGUGUUAAGCGAUCACAUGGCCACAGGGGUCCUAAAUCAGUGUGGGGAGACUGUCUGGGCUGCAGGCGGUCUCCCCACAACCGGAGCCACGCUGAUCGCCGCCGGGGGAACGACGGCGAUCAGGUAAGUAACGGAGACCGUUAGGACGGUUCAGGACCGUCAUCGGUCCUCAAGGCAAAAAUGCCGAUGACGGUCCUGAACCGUCCUCGGUCGCUAAGGGGUUAAAAAACUACAACUAUUUAUCUCCUAAACUGUGGUUCCUGUUAAAUACGUCUAAUAUAUUAAAACAUAGCCACCUUAUCUUAUAUAUCAGAUCUUUUUUCUAUACCCAGGUUGUUAGUAAUCUAUGUUUUUCAUUCCUUUAAAUAAAUAAAAUAAAUUCCUCCAGACACCAAGCAAGGGCAGAUUUCUAUAAAUUCCACAACAACCCUGUUCAAACAACACGUACAUAUAUUAUUAUUACACGAUGAUCUAAGGUAACACUGGUAACUCCUUAACAUAAAAUUUUUAUUUACUACAUUUUUCUCCUUUAAAUUACGUAGUCAUUAAUCCUGCCCUUGUCACAUUUCUUUAGCUCCACAGAUUGCUUUCUCUUAUUUGUCUGCUUAAAGUUAGCCAAUUCAAGUUCUUGUGUUUUACUAACCCAGGUAUAGUAUUUACUCACCAUGCUUUCUAUCACGUCCAUACCUCAUUACUGCAUGCACCCUAAAUCUAUCAGUGAAUACGGUUUAUUUAUAACUUUCUAUCACAGCAUUUACAAAUUAUUAAAUAUUCAACGGGUUUAAUUCAUAGCUCCAGAAUUUUUUCCAGGCCUCCAUCGGGUUCUACAUAGGAACACCAGUUACGCUCAUCCUAGUACCCGUAUAGCAAAUCAAGGUAUAUUUUUCUACUCUUUUCAGGUCUUUUUCAUACAAACCUUACGAGGUCUCAACUAAUUACGACUAAUUCUAGGUCCUACGUCCUUGGUGCGUUAAAUUCUCUCCUUUUCUAUUAACCAGGAAUUCGGUCAUAGUGCCGUCAGGCAAGAAACUACCAGCCUACCUAACUCGGUACUCAGCCACACAACCAGGUACUUACGUCCUUAUUCGCUACGACAUUCACUACCCCAAGGCCUCAAUCAGCCUCGCUCUAUAACGAUAACUCGCCUCAGUCGUAGUCUAACCUUUCAGAUCCCUCACUUCAGGAUCUCACGUCGCCUUCUAUCAGUCAACCCUUAUCACAAAUCAUACGCCACCACUUUACGCAUAAAUACAUCAACAUCUGUCUUAAUCCUUAGGCUUCUUCUACGAGGACAGCAACAGCCAAGACUCGCUACACAUAAACAUUCAAAGGUUCCAGCUCUCUAUUAAACCCUUCAAGGUUAGUAUCCACACAUUGCACCAGAAUUACCAUUCAAACUUUAGUAUACAAAUGAACUGGCUUGCAGUGGCUGGGCUACUGCCUAGCUCAUUCUAGUAAAAGUCCAGCGAGACCAUCCCCCACCUCAACACGGAGGUACGGCCCCAUGCCCAAAUAAUAGUUAUAUGCCUCGCCCGCCCUACUACAGGGCAUUAGUCAGGACCUCACCUGUCACGGCCACACGUCUUGAAUCUCUUUACAGUCACCGAGAGGCCAACACCCCGCCACCACGUCUGUGGCCACGAUUUCUCUAAGCCAAAUCAUAGGUAGAGCCUCUCACAGCCACUUGGCAUUAGCAGGGCCUCACCUAUAAAAAAUUCACAGUUAAGUUUUUUGCUUCGGCAUUAGCAUUACAGGCCAGUUCAUAAUAUACUACCCUCAUAUCCCCCCCGGUUCCCCAACGCACCCUCUAAUAUCUCAUUCACUGAAUCAUUUCUAGAAUGUCUCAAGAACCAGCCCUCAGCGAAGACUUGCCAGAGGAGAUCCCGAUUACGCCCAUCAGACCAGAGUCCCCAUGCGAAUCUCUCACCCCCUCAACUCCCACGUCCUUGAGAGCAUGGACUAUCCCUAAAAUUACAGCCGAACUCGAACUCAGGCUCAGGACAAUCCCCUUUCCAGCUACAGCUAGAAAUGCGGAACUCUACAGACUGCUCACCUACCAAGCCCCUGAACCUAGGCCAGGCACUAGCUCUCGAGGACAGCCACCAAGCGCUGGCACAUCCACCCAGGAAACCCUAGCAGCAAUCUUGGCCAACUUACAGACUUUAAAUAACAGGCUAUCUAAGGUGGAGAGCGCGAUCGCCUCGCCAGGUAAUACCCCGGGCCUCCCAGUCGCCACCCCGGCAGUCCCUGCUGUACCACCAUGCCCCCCCAUACUCCCUCCUCCAGCACCAGCCACAGCUAUUUCGCCUUUUGAGUCACCAGCUCACUCCGUCCCAGACUCCAUCAGGAAAGAAAUCAUAGAUGGGAAGGAUGUGUGUCUGGUGUCUCUACUCAUAGCAUCCCAAGACAUACUGGAGAACAGGGCAGACAAUUACGGGGACAUCUCAGUGGUGCUCAAGACUAGAGACCCCAGACUCAACAAAAAACUAACCAUACCUCAGUUCGUGUUUGCCUUUGGGAUAUACCGUGAUGUCAUCUGCACGGUGUAUCCCCACAGAAGAGAGGAGCUAGACCUCUACCUCCACAAGGUGGUGGAUUUAGGCAUCAAGUACGGGGGCUCCUCCUUUUACGACUAUCAUAAGUCGGUAUCAGCGAAGACGGCGAACCAUCUGAAACAGUUUAACGUUAGAAUUAACUGGUGUCAGAUGGACACAGAGCUAUUCUGUCGCCACUUCGCUGGUCUCAGGUCCCCGUCUUGCGCUGUUUGUAAGUCCACAUUUCACACGGCAGACUUAUGUCCUUCAGAAGCCUAUCCCACCACCUCCACUCCAACCCCUAAUACCACUUUCACCCCUCACAACAAACCAGCGGGUGGUCUACGUGAUAAGAUGGGUAGGCCCAUCUCCUUUCUAGGUAAAGCACAGGUGUGCAAUAAUUACAACGCAGGCUCCUGCAGUUUCAGCGCUUGUAGAUUGUUGCACAUCUGCUCCAUUUGCUUUAGGGCUCAUACCAAGACCAUGUGUCCGGCCAGGUUGUCCCCAAACAAAUGACUAACCGACAUUAAUGUCGACAACCUGUUUUUUUACUUAAGGUCACACCCUAGCAGACACCUGGUGAAAUAUCUGGCCACAGGGUUCACACAGGGGUUUCUCACGGGUAUAGUAGGCAUCCCCUCAGGUACACUCGAAUGUCCUAAUCUCCUGUCAGCACGUCUAGAUCCAGUCUCCACUGACACUCUCCUUUCCUCUGAAAUUACCAAUGGUUUCAUGAUCGGGCCUUUCACCUCCCCACCAUUUUCCUCCUGGCGCACUAACCCAAUCGGCAUCGCAGUUCACAAAUAUUCAAAUAAAACACGUCUAAUUAUCGAUUUAUCGGCACCGCACUCCUUUUUUGUUCCCAGCAUAAACGCACUCAUUCCAGCAGAUGAAUUCUCACUCCAGUACGUAACUAUUGACGACGCUAUACGGGCAAUCAUCUCUUCUGGCAAUCACCCUUGGCUCAACAAAACAGACAUCACAAACGCAUUUAAGUUACUACCCAUGCACCCCUCACUCUGGCACUUGCACGGUGUUAAAUGGCGAGGGAAGUACUACUUUUCCACACGACUCACUUUCGGUUCUCGAAGCAGCCCCAAACUUUUUGACAUCUUCGCUGAGACACUAUGCUGGCUGCUUCUGAACAUCCUCAGGUGUCACUCCGUUAUUCACUACCUAGACGACUUUCUACUGAUAGAGCCAGGGGCACAAACACCCACCGCUAUAAGCCACACUACAGCACUUUUUUCCACUCUUGGAGUACCUCUGUCCCCAUCUAAACCAAUAGGUCCCACUACUAAAGUAACCUUUUUGGGCAUAGAGUACCUCAGAGCUAGCCUUCCCCAUGACAAACUAACCCGCUUGAGAGGGGAGAUAGACAUGUUCCUACGGAACAAUGUUUGCACCAGGAAGGAACUCCAGUCCCUGCUGGGAUCCCUGAACUUCGCCAUGCGCAUCAUCCCGCAAGGAAGGUCUUUUAUAUCCAGGCUGUUUUGCCUGCUCCACGGGGUACCGGACUCUUGCCCAGUUUCAUUGGACCACCACGCUAAGGCCGACUUGGCUAUGUGGGGGAAGUUUUUGGCAGAGUGGAACGGUAUCUCCAUGUUUAUCCCCCUCUCUCCACUUCCUCACCCAUCAUUCACACAGACACUGCAGCUAACACCGGUUUCGCAGCCAUCUUUGGAAUCCACUGGUUUAGGGGUCACUGGCCCGCUGAGACGGACGCCUUGCCAGGAUUCAGGGAGACCUCAGCCCUAUUUGAAACCUAUCCCAUUGUGGCGGCCGCACACACCUGGGGUCAUCUCUGGUCCGGCAAGGCAGUUAAAUGUUAUUCUGACAACUCGGCAGCUUGCGAAAUCAUUAACAAGGGUCGCUCAUCAUCCCUGAUCAUCAUGCGGUUGAUUCGCAAGCUGACCUGGCUAGCAGCAACCGGUCAGUUUUACUUAGUUUGUUUUCACAUUCCCGGUAUCCACAACACUGCAGCUGACGCACUUUCUCGCUCUCAAUUUCAGGUAUUCUCUCAGGCACUCCCUACGGCUCACCACCAGCCAUCCAGGACACCACAGUUUCACGAACUAAUCCUGGACUGAGCACUCUAAUGCAUCACGCUAGGACUCUCACCCACCAAGCACUAUCACCUAACACAGUUAUCUCUUAUAAUAGGGCACUUACUAUAUUCAACAGAUUCACUGCAGAAUUCGGUUUACAAGGCGACCUUUCUAUACAAACCAUGGUGGCUUUUGCCUCUUUCUGCCACUUACAUCUUAAACUUUCCCACAACACCAUAAAACUUUACCUCACCGGGGUGCAGCACCAUAGCCUCACAAAUUUUCCUAACAACACCCCCUUCUUGUCAUCAUAUCCCAUUAAAAAGGUAUUGAAAGGUAUGUUAAAGGUUUCAGCUCCUCUCACUAUCACAAGACUACCCAUAGAUGGGCCUAUCUUCAGAUCACUUAGCAAUCUCCUUGACGAAUCCCCGUUUGAUCCUGACACAAACCUGGUGAUCAAAGCGGCUAUCUAUCUUGCUUUCUACGGUUUUCUCAGACCUAGAGAGUUCACCGUUGUUCGUCAAGGGGAUAUCACGCACAGCCUAAAAACAUCGCACCUCACAAAGGUGGAGGAUCACUAUCUACUUUCGAUCCCGUCAACUCAAACCAACUAUUCACUACACCCCACUGUAAUUCCUCUCUUCCCUACUGAUAAUGCCUGGUGUCCGAUCAAGGCUCUAGACCACCUACGGUCAACCCUUCACGCGCACUUACCAGACUCUCCGCUCUUAUCAAUACAAGGGCACCCGCUUACCACUGCUAAAUUCACGUCUCACGUCAGAACACUAUUAUCUAAACUGGGUUUCAAUCCGACUUCAUUCUCCGGGCACUCCUUUCGCAUAGGAGCCACCUCUUCAGCCUCCAGCACUAAUACACCGGUCCACUUCAUCAAGAGACUGGGGUGAUGGAAAUCCUCCAUAUACCAUACUUAUAUUCCACGACCAGAAAAAGAGCUUCGUCAAGCUUUCAGGAACUUGGUUAUGUAAAAAGGCAAUAAAGUGUGUAUUUUCUCGAACUUCUCUUUUGCCCUCUUUUAUUUACAGGCCCACUCGUACGUUGGUUUUGGCACAUCACAACCAACUUUGUCCUUACAGAUACUAUCCAUUACGUAUUAAAUUCCGAGCACAAGUAGAAAGGCCAUUAGGCCUGAAUUUGUGGGAGGAGUAAGUCCCCUACUUAAACUCCCAGCCCCUACUCACCUCUGCCGUUCAGCUGAUUGUCCCCACCCACCUACACCCUGUUAUAAUUACAUUCUCCUUGGUGGGCCCUCUUUUAUUUACAGGCCCACUCGUACGUUGGUUUCGGCACACCACUACCAACUUUUUCCUUACAGAUACUACCCAUUACGUAUUAAAUUCCGAGCAUAAAUAAUAGAUAUGUACACAUAUAUUAUAUAUAUAUAUAUAUAUAUACGUAUAAUUACAAUUAAUUACAAUUUUGGCCAGUGUUUGUGACUAAGUGGCUACUAAAAAAGACUGGACAUACCCCAUUUGCAAUACCUUGGAUUGUCUACUAUUGCAAAUGGCAUGCCAUCAUGGGGGUAAUUUUUAUUCCUGGGCUACCAUACGGUCUCAAAGGCAACAGAACCAAUGUGGCAAAUUUAAUGUGAAAAAAAUGAAACGCAUGCCGUAUAUAUGACUCUGUAACUUUUGAAAACACCAUAAAACCUGUACAUAAGGGGUACUGUUAUACUCGGAAGACUUCGCUGAACACAAAUAUUUCUGUUUCAAAACAGUAAAAAGUAUCACAGCAAUAAUAUCUUCAGUGUAAGUGUAAGUGCAUUUUACUGUUUUGAUACACUAAUAUUUGUGUUCAGCGAAGUCUCCCGAGUAGAACAGUACCCCCCAUGUAAAGGUUUUAUGGUGUCUUGGAAAGUUAUAGGGUUAAAUAUAGUGCUAGCAAAUUUUCCUGGACUUACAUCCUGGGUGUCAGGCAGGUCCGCUAAUUGUAAUUAAUAAAAUUACCUAAGUACCGUAUAUAAUCGAGUAUAAGCCGACCCGAAUAUAAGCCGAGGCCCCUAAUUUUACCCCAAAAAACUGGGAAAACUUAUUGACUCGAGUAUAAGACUAGGGUGGGAAAUGCAGCAGCUACUGGUAAAUUUCUAAAUAAAAUUAGAUCCUAAAAAAAUUAUAUUGUAUGAGUGCGCAGUGUGUGUAUGAGUGCGCAGUGUGUAUAAAUGCAGUGUGUAUAUGAGUGCAGUUUGUGUGUAUGAGUGCAGUGUGUGUGUAUGAAUGCAGUGUGUGUGUAUGAGUGGAGUGUGUGUGUAUGAGUGCAGUGUGUGUGUAUAAAUGCAGUGUGUGUGUAUAAAUGCAGUGUGUAUAUGAGUGCAGUGUGUGUGUAUGAGUGCAGUGUGUGUGUGUGUGUGUGUGAUGCAGUGUGUGUUUGUGUUGCAGAGCCUUGGUGGGGGGUGGGCAUUUUUAUAAAAAAAAAAAUAAAAAAAUUAAUAUUAUUUAUUAUUUUAAUUUUUUUGGUUAUAUUAUUUUUUUAAUAAUUUUUUAUUAUUAUUUAUAUAUUAAUUAAUAUUAUUUUAAUUUUUUGUUAUAUUAUUUUUUUUAAUUAUUUUUUUUAUUAUUAUUUAUAUAUUAUUAGUUAAUAUUAUUUUAAUUUUUUUGGUUAUAUUAUUUUUUUAAUUAUUUAUAUUUAUUAUUUAUAUAUUAAUUAAUAUUAUUUUAAUUUUUUGUUAUAUUAUUUUUUUUAAUUAUUUUUUUUAUUAUUAUUUAUAUAUUAUUAGUUAAUAUUAUUUUAAUUUUUUUGGUUAUAUUAUUUUUUUAAUUAUUUAUAUAUUAAUGUAUUUAUUUUUGUCCCCCCUCCCUGCUUGAUACAUGGCAGGGAGGGGGGCUCUCCUUCCCUGGUGGUCCAGUGGCAUUGGCAGUUCAGUGGGGGGAGGAGGGGGGCUGGCAGAGCUGUUACUUACCUCUCCUGCAGCUACUGUCAGCUCCCUCCUCCUCCGUGCUGGUCCGUGCAGCUCUUCUGUCAGCUCACACUGUAAGUCUCGCGAGAGCCGCACUAUGACCCCGCGGCUCUCGCGAGACUUACACUGGGAGCUGACCGAGGUGCUGCACGGACCAGCGCGGAGGAGGAGGGAGCUGACAGGAGCUGCAGGAGAGGUAAGUAACAGCUCUGCCAGCCCCCAGUCUGUAUUAUGGCAAUGUAAGUUGCCAUAAUACAGACAGUGACUCGAGUAUAAGCCGAGUUGGGGUUUUUCAGCACAAAACAUGUGCUGAAAAACUCGGCUUAUACUCGAGUAUAUACGGUAUGUAAAAAUAUUAUAUAAACAUAUUCGAAGAAUUAAUAUAUGUGUGUGUGUAUAUAUAUAUAUGUGUAUAUAUAUAUAUAUAUAUAUAUAAUUUUUUAAAAUUAUUUUUAUUUAUAUAUAGGUAUAUAUAUAGUGAUAUAUAAGUAUAUACUUAUGUAUAUAGAUAUAUAUAUAUAUAUAUAUUAUUUCUUUCUACGUGUAUUUUGAUAUCAAUAUAUAUAUUUUUUAAACGUAUUAAAUUAUAAUUAUAUAUAUAUACAUAUAUUUAAUCAAUAUCAUUGUACGUGUAUUUUGAUAUUUAUAUAUAUAAUUAUAUUUAUAUUAAUAUUAAAAUACACUUAUACAAUGGAUGACCUCGCGAUCACAUGGCCCAGGAGGGCCAGAAUGGAAGCAGGGGGACUCCCUGGGAUGCCAGGUAAGUCCCCCCACCGUCAUUGCCAGCGUGUGGAUCACUGGCGACCGGGUAAGUGAAUAGGACGGCAGGGACAUUCUAUUCCGCCCUCUGGUGUUUAGGACAGAGUCCCCAAGGACGGCAUCGUAGGGGUGCGAUGUUUAUCUCACAUUGCUAUUUACAGCCUGGCCAUUUUUAUUACACACUACCUUAAUGAUAGAACUUCAUCAAGAGCAGGACCUUAUAAGAAAAUAAUCCAUAUGUUAAUUGCCAAUAAAAGGGAUUGGAUUCCAAUUUAAAACUUUCACAUUAUUAAACAUAUAUUCAGCCUUACCCUCCAGUUUACCAAGUCAGCAGACAUUCAUAUCUAGCGUUCAAAGGUUCAAAUGAAAUAUUAAGUAAUUCAAUGCUGUUCUGCAAUACAAAUAUAAAUGACACCAAGGACAUAGUUCAAAUCAAGUCACAAGCGUGUUAUUGUCAAUAUGGAUCUAGGACUUGUAGGAGCAUUUCUUCUGAUCGUCUGUGUCACGGUUCUGUUGUAUUUAAAUUCGUGGAGAAGCCACAUCAAGAAGGGAAAUCUGCCCCCUGGACCUACAGCUCUGCCCCUGUUGGGAAAUAUUCUCCAAAUUAGCACUAAGGAAUUGCCCCAGUCCUUGCUUCAGGUGAGUUUUAUUUCACUAAUAAAAAUUGUGAGGUCCAUCACAACAACAAUUAAUUUCUCUUACAGGCUGUUUAAAAAGGAUUUUCUGAAUUGAUGGUUGCUUAAAGGGAUACUGUUAUUUCUCAGAUUUUUUUUUUUAGAAUAUGUUAAUUUAUUUCAGUAUUUAUUAAAUAGGUAUUUAUGAAAACAAUUGUGAAAAGUAAAAUGUAGAAAUGUACACCUCUUUAUCCUGCAACUGGGCACCUCCACCUUCAUUGCCUGUCAAGCAUUGUUAUCAUGUCUUUACACCUGGCAGUCAGCGGAGAGAAGGCUUUGCCUUGUCUCAACUGGAUCAUGAUCAUUGCUAAAACUUUAAAAUAUAUUUAAAAUGUAUUCAAUUGUGUAAUUGACAGACAAGUGACAGUUCCCCUUUAAUUUAUCUGGGAUUGCCGAAUAUAUAAUAAGAAAGAGAUUCCAUAUUAAUCCUAAUACAAUUGAUGAAUGGAAUGUUUAAUCUUUUUUCUAAAUAUUUUUUUCCAAUGCUCCCUAUAUUAUUUAAUAUUUUGCAGUCUACCCAUCUCCUUCACAUGUUGGUGCAUUUAAGUACCUAGAAUCAAUAUUGCCAAGACCUGCAUUUUUAUUUCACAGACUGCGUUUAAAUUGAAUAGAGUGAGUUUAAAUCUGUGAAUUUAAUAUUUAGGCUUUAUUUAAUGUACACCUAGAAAAUAAAACUAUCCAUUCAUCCAUCCACAAACCCACCCACCUACCCACCCACCCACCUACCCAUCCAUAUCCACCCACCUAUCUAUCUAUCUAUCUAUCUAUCUAUCUAUCUAUCUAUCUCAUAUCAAAAUUGCCCAUAACAGAAACUGAGUCUCUUGCUUUUUGGAAUUGCGUAAAACAGUUCUUCAAAAUAACAACUUACAUAACGGUAACAGUAACUCAUAACAUCUGGGAAGACUGCUGGGUAAUGCAAGUCUUGGUUUUCUUUGACAUAUUGCUUGACAUAUCACUAAUGGGAGAGGGAAAAAUAGAUAGAGAGACUGGAGCUGUGGGGUGUUACAACCUGUCAAGAACUGUGGCUGUAGCAUGAAAGGAAGCAUGUAUGUAUGUGACUGUAGUGUAGUGUGUUUGUGUGCGUGUGAGUCUUUGUCUAUAUAUGUUUUUGUGUAUCUGUUUGUGUUUCAUUCCCUCACAAAGAUCUAUCUAUCUAUCUCUCUGAAGCUGAGUGAGAAAUAUGGACCCGUGUAUACGAUUUAUCUGGCUAAUAAACGAGUAGUCGUAAUUAUUGGAUAUGAAACGGUGAAAGAGGCUCUCGUUGAUCACAGUGAUGCAUUUAGCGACAGAGGUAGCUCAGACCUUAAUGAUUUUAUCUUCAAAGAUUACGGUAAGAAUCCAAGUAUUAUAUUUAAAUGGUCUGAAGUCCUACACCGCAAUACUUUACAAAAAAUAAUCUAAACAAAAUGGUUGCACAUCGUUUCUCUAUUAAUAUUUACAUCAGCAAUUUAAUGCUGUUAAUUCGUCUAACCCUAUGUACAUAUAUUGAAUGUGGCAAAACAUUUUACCACUCCAGCUUUCCCUGGCAGUGAAUUACAUAUCUUGACUGAUCUUACUAUAAAUAACAAUGUUUGUUCUGACAUGGAAGCCUCAAUAUGUAUAAAUAAACCUUAAUUUAGUGAAUAAAUAAAUAAAUACGUCCACUGUAAAUUCAUGGGAAAUCCAUCAGGAAAAUUUUAAGGACAGAAUGGUAAAGGUCCGUGGCAUUUUGAAGUGUAUUUGGAACUUUUUAGGAGUCAUUAUGAGUAAUGCAGAUGAAUUGAUUCUUCCUGAUGGCUAAUAUUCUCCAAAGCUUUUAGUGUAAUAACUAUUUGCUAAAAAUGGUGGCAUCCAGUAUAUUUCUCUUUGUGGUUGUUUGUAGGAGUGAUCAUGAGCAAUGGGGAAAGGUGGAAGGCAAUGCGGAGAUUCGCUCUCAUGACAUUGAGAAAUUUUGGAAUGGGGAAGAGAAGCGUUGAGGAGAGAAUCCAAGAGGAAGCUCGGUAUCUUUCUGAAGCCUUCAGGAAGUAUAAAGGUCAGUAGAAGCUUCAAACCUAUAUUGGUGAAAGUGCACAAACGGCCCGGUGUUCGGUAGUUUUGUUUGAAUGUGUUAUACCCCAGAUAGGAAUCCCAUGGAGCCCAUUCGCAUGAAACUGACUGUGUAAAGACUUUAGCUCCAUGGCGAUUAAACUGUAUUAGUGUGGUCUGAGCGCCAUUCGCUUAAUAAUGUGCGCUCAGACCUGAGCUAUCUGGGGAUAUGUUAAAUGUAUGCUUUUAAUGUUAUGUGUCUCACAUAGUGUAUUUUAAUAGUAAUUCGUGUGUUAGUAUCCCCACGUGCAUAAUGGCAAUUUGCCUUUGUCUUGGGAGAUAAUUGAAUUACUUCUCAAUUAUCUCCAAGGCAGAUGGGAGGAAGCCAGGAUGCAUUGUGGGAAUAUACUGUGACUGUGUGUCCUAUUUGUCUACUUGUCUGUCCUGUGUCACAGUCUCCCAUUUGGUCCCCUAGGGGAGUGUCCACCAGGUGGGAGACCUGCAUAAAUACUGGGCAGGUAGCCCUCAUUAAACAGACCACUGCUUGACCCCAACACGGAGCCUUGUCUCGUCUUUGGGGGGAUUUACUGAAUGCUGAUAGAGACUGAUUGCUAGGAGUGUAAGCCGCUUGGAUGCUUUUCCUAUUCGUCUGCUAGCAGCGAUUCGUAUGGUUCCUGUUCAUGUGUUUGGAGUGCUAUAUUUGAUGCCGUUCGGGAGUUUGGAGCAUUCACUUAUUGGUGGUUCGUAUGUUUGGUGUUCUACAAUAGCUGUGCCUGCAUCUCUGGAAAGGGGGACGAUCGCUUAAACGCAUUUUACCCCUUGUGUGCAAAACGGACCGUUACAAUUGGUGGCAAGCAGCGGGAUCGUUCCCACAGACUACAGGACAGCUACAGGCGACACCAUUCCGUGGAUUUUUACAAUUUGAGGGCAACGCAUGUACCAGUACAGCGACCCUGACAGCACCGAGAUGGAACCAGCAGUGGAGUAUGACGAGGGUGCCCUGGAUGACCGAGAUGCGCUGCACAAAGGCAUCUGGUAACAGGCACUGGGUAUUGUGGAGUACCAGCGGGGCGAGAGACUCCCCAAGGAAGACCAGCGAUUGCAGAAGCAACUAGCCCUGUGGAUGCCCUUCCUGGGAGAGUAGCCCCUGGAUGAAUGGGUGAAGGAAUUGGAGCUCUGAGUAUGGCAGGAGAUCUGGCUGGAAGAUGCCUACCAGGCGCUCUGGUGGUAUAGGGCAGAGUACCUGCCCUGGACAGCCGAGCAUGACAAGCCAGAGGGAGAGGAGUUUGAUGGUCCUGGCUUGUUAUGGGAGUCUUUUGCAGAGCCUGAGUUUGGGAGCCCUACACAAGCCCGAUUCAGUGAUCUCUUGGAGUGGAGGGAGAGCAGGUAUGACUGGGACGACACUCACGAAAUUGAGCAAGACCUGGUCCACCUGGUGACCCGAGAGAUGGAGCUGGAGUAGGGCUACCAAGAUCUGUUCCACUCCAGUGAGAAGGCUCAGCAGGGAAGCGGAGACCCAGAUCCAGACUCAUUCAGCUGGGUAGAUAUUGUGGAGGAUUACUGGGAAGAACCUCAGGUGGCGGGUGGAGAUGGGACCGAGGUCUCUCCACCGGUAUUGCAGGGAAUUGGGAGCCCGAGCUCCAUUCCCCAGCGGGAGAUAUUGCAGGGAAUUGGGAGCCCAAGCUCCAUUCCCCAGCGGGAGAAAUUGCAGGGAAUUGGGAGCUCCAUUCCCCAGCGGCAGGCUGAGUUACAGGGGACAGAGGUAGUUGCUCCUGUCCCCCAGCAGCAGAGUGAAUUUCAGGGAAUUGGGAGCCCAAGCUCCAUUCCCCAGUGGGAGAAAUUGCAGGGAAUUGGGAGCUCCAUUCCCCAGCGGCAGGCUGAGUUACAGGGAACAGAGAUAGUUGCUCCUGUCCCCCAGCAGCAGAGUGAAUUUCAGGGAAUUGGGAGCCCAAGUUCCAUUCCCCAGCGGCAGGCUGAGUUACAGGGGGCAGAGACAAGUGGUCCUGUUCCCCAGCAGCAGUGUACCUUGCAGGGAGAGGAGAGCAGCGUCCUCCCUCCCCGGUGGCAGGGUGAGCUACAGGGAUGCUGGCCAGUCGGCUCAGAUCCCCAGCGGCAGUAUGAUGUUUUGGGAAUUGGGAGCCCAGUCUCCUUUCCCCAGUGGCAGCACAGAUUAUUGUGAAUUGGGAGCCCCGUCUCCAUUCCCCAGCGGGAGAUAAAACAGGGAAUUGGGAGCCCAGUCUCCAUUCCCCAGUGGCAGAGUGUCCUACCGGGAAUAGAGAGCCCAGUCUUCUUUCCCCAGCAGCAGGACUCUGUAUUGGGAGCAGAGACAGUCAGUCUCCCUCCCCCGCGGCUGGAAGUAUAUAUGGGAGAGGAGCUUGUUAACCCUAGGCAGCUUAAUGUACCCGGGGGAGACAGUAAUCCCCACAACUGUGCAGAUUGGACCGUGGUCUCUGCACUUCCAGCACAGAGGGUAGGGACGGUCAGUUCUGCCCCCCAGCAACAGGGCUGUUUAGCCAAAGGGGAGACAGUCGGUCUCCAGCAGCAGAGCUGUGUAACCAAAGAGGAGACAGUCGGUCUCCAGCAGCAGGGCUGUGUAUCUAAAGGGGAGACAGUCGGUCUCCAGCAGCAGGGCUGUGUGUCUAAAGGGGAGACAGUCGAUCUCCCCCUCCAACAACCAGCUUCAACCAGGCUACCUUCCCAGUAGCACUGGUAACAGGGCAGAGUACCCACCAAGUCAGCAUACCCAUACCCAGCACAGCCGUGGUGAGGCACCUGGACAUGGACAAGCUUCUCCUCUACCCAGGUGUAGUAACCAUUUAUUGUGGGUGGACUGUGCUGUUGAUUGUGUUUUGUGGGUGGGCUGCUGGACUAACAAGGGCACUGACCGGCAGGAGGUCAGAUACCCUGUUAGUCUGUUUGGAAAAGGGGAGAGAUGUGACGAGACCAAUCUCGCAACAUUGCAUUGGAGAAGCCUGGUUGCCCACCUGCUGCCUUUGGACUAUGGCCCCGUGUUAAAAGACAUCUUUUUUACCUGCAGAAAAGAUUUAUUCGUUCUUUUCUGUCUGGUGUUCGGUAGAUUCAAUCUACCGAACAACCGCACGAAUGACUGGACCACCUGGGAGCUGGAGUGUGCCGGCAAUUAGCCUCCCUGAAGCUGCGGCUAACCACAGUUUAAUUGACAAAUGCUGGGUGGCCGCCAUUCGUAUCACGAACACGAGGUCGCGGCCAUUUUAAACAUGUGAAUGCACAACGGUGUUCGACGCUUAAUUCAUGGAACUGAAAUCGGACACAGUUUUGCGCGAACACCGCUGAAGCCGCCGACCUCCCUUCUUGUUCGGUGAAAGUGCACGAACGGCCCGGUGUUCGGUAGUUUUGUUUGAAUGUGUUAUACCCAGAUAGGAAUCCCAUGGAGCCCAUUCACAUGAAACUGACUGUGUAAAGACUUUAGCUCCAUGGCGAUUAAACUGUAUUCAUGUGGUCUGAGCGCCAUUCGCUUAAUAAUGUGCGCUCAGACCUGAGCUAUCUGGGGAUAUGUUAAAUGUUUUUCCCUCCUUCUCUCUUGUUUUGCCACUUUUCAGAAAUUCGAAUCACUUCGGCACACAUUCGGAAGGAAACGAAUCGAACAUGUUUAAUGUACAUGAAAAAGUUGGUUACUAAAAUAGUUUACAGUGAAGAGUUAGGUUUUUGGAUGGCACAGUGGCAGGAUAAGAAGCAGGGUGGCUUACCAAGGCACGAGGAGGGAACGCCAUUUACAGUUUAAUAGAUUUGCUUCCUGAAGAAGUGCAUUUUUAGUGAUCUUUUGAAGGAACUGAGAAUGGCUGAGAGUUUAACAAAGAAGGGAAGGGAGUUGCACAGGAACAGUGCAGCCCUAGAAAUCACAAUAGUCAAGUUAGUAAGGGGAAUCUCUGUUGUUAUGCCUUACAUUCUCCAGGUUGCACCUUAGACCUCAAUAUACACCUAUAAACAAGUUUCUUUUGUGUUUGUUGUAAUACCUUUUCAGUUUUGACACUUGUUAGACUAAAAAAAACUUGUGAUUUACAAAAAAAUAAAUAGUACUGGACAUUUAUAUGAUAAUCAAUAAUAAUGAGAGCAAGUAUGUGGAGAGGAGGAUAUGACAUUACUUAAAUUGAUUACACGAUGUUACUUGCAAUCAACUACUAUAUAUUUUACUGUGGAAUGUUGUAGAAUUUGUUGCACUUUAUACAUCACAUAAUAAAAUCUGCAUAAUGGAGGAUGUGGUGAUGUGUGGUGCAUAGCAUUUAGUAUAUAACAGUAUAUAUGUUAUAGCCUUAUUUUUAUAACAGAGAAUUAAUAGUAUUUGAUCAUUGUUGGUGGGUGAGCAUUUCUUUUCCAAACAUUCCAUUCACACUUUUACAAUCAUUAUAUACUUAUUUUCUUUAAUAAAGUAGGCACUGCUCAGUCUAUUUAAUCUCUUGGAAAUGUGUUCAAUUUGCAGUAAAAUUAUAUUAUUCUUUGACGAACACAAUUUUUGAGUAUUUAACUUGUUCUUGCAUGGAGUGUUCUGAGAUAUUGUUUUUUGGUUUUUUUUUUUAAAGAUGAUACAUUUUAUGUACUUGUAUUCCCAGUAUAUCUUAUAACAUUUCCUAUAAUUCUAAUAACAGAAACUCCUUUAGAUCCCAUAACUCUCCUGGGACAAGCAGUGUCCAAUGUGAUUGUAUCUAUUGUAUUUGGAGAAAGAUAUGACUACGAAGACAAGAAAUUUCAGAAACUUUUGGCAUAUGUUAGAGAUAUCGUUAGACUGGUAAAUUCUCCUUCUGGUCAGGUGAGUUUUGGCUGAUAACAUAUGUGACUAUCGGUGCAUAUUAUGAAAAUAUUAUUCAAUUAAUCUUGACAAAUAUACCCAAAAAGCACUCUACAGUUAUUGAUUUUUAUUCCUUAGAGGAGUUCCAUCUUUAUUUAUUAUUAACCAUCUGUUUUCUGUUAUAGCUGCUCAACAUUUUUCCACAUGUGGGGAGAUGGAUCCCUGGACCUCACCAGAACAUUUUCACAAUUCUGAAUAAACUCAGAGGGUUUUUUAAAGAUCUGGCACAAUCUCACCAAGAGACACUGGACACAAACUGCCCACGGGAUUUCAUAGACUGCUUUCUGAUAAAGAUGGACCAGGUAGGACACUGUAAUAUAAGAAUUGUUCAGUUCUAAAAACGUCUAGAAUCUACAAUUAGUAUCUCUGAAAAUGAUUGGAAAAGAAGCUUUAUCAUAAUUUUACAUACUGUUCUAGGAGAAAAAUAAUCGCAAUACUGAAUUCCAUGAUGAGAAUUUAUUGUCUACCAUAAUGGAUUUAUUCUUUGCCGGCACUGAGACCUCAAGCUUAACACUAAGAUAUGGCUUCCUGAUACUUCUUAAAUAUCCAGAGAUACAAGGUAUUAUUACUCUUAUAUGUUACCCUUUAUAAAGGGGUACAGAUAGUGCUCAGAUUAAACACUAUUAGUGUGUUUAGAUUUUAUUUAACUAGCUGCUAGGCCAUAGUGUGACCCAUGUCUUCUUUCUUUCAAGAGACAUGUUCUAUAGUUCUGACUGAGCAAACAUUUUACAGAAAUGGAAAUGAAAAUGUCUUGCUGAUUGGACCGAGGCUUCCUGUUCACAGCAUGGUAGAUAGCUUUAACCCCUUAAGGACCGAGGACGGUUCAGGACCGUCAUCGGCAUUUUUGCGUUGCCGACCGAUGACGGUCCUGAACCGUCCUAACGGUCAGAGCUACUUACCUGAUCGCCGUCGUUCCCCCGGCGGCGAUCAGCGUGGCUCCGGUUGUGGGGAGACUGCCUGCAGCCCAGACAGUCUCCCCACACUGAUUUAGGACCCCUGUGGCCAUGUGAUCGCUUAACACAGCGAUCACAUGGUCACAAUAGGUGUCCAUAGUGCUGCCUGCAGGGGGGCUGCCUGUGCUGACAGGCAGUCUCCCUGCUAGUGUAAAAUCAAAAAAAAAAUAAAGUUAAUGUUAAUAAAAAAAUAAAAAUAAUUAUAUAUGUGUAUAUAUGAUAUAUAGACAUAUAUUAUAUUCAUAUAAUAUAUGUCUAUAUAUCAUAUGUAUAUAAUGUCAUACUAAGUGUAUUUUUAUAUUAAUAUGUACUUAUAUUAAUAUAAAAAUACACUUAUAAUUAAAUUACACACGUAUAUAUAUAAUAUAUAUAAUAACUAUAUAUAUUGUAUAUAUAUAUUAUUAUAAAAUAUAAAUAAUAAGUAAUUUAAAUUAAAUAAUUUUUUUAAAAAUAAUAAUAAAAAUUUAAAAAAAAUUAUAUAUCUAUAUGAAAUUUUAUUCUAACUGUAUUUUAAAAUUAAUAUAUAUAUAUUUAUAUCAAAAUACACUUAGAAUGAAUUUGUAUAUAUAUCUAUGUAUAUAAAAAUAAAUAAAAAUAAUAAGAAAUAUACAUACGCCCAUAUACAAAAUUACAUAAAUAAUUAUAUAAAUAUACACGUAGACUUCAAAUAUAUAAAUAUGCAUAUAUAUUUAAAUUCUACGUGCGUAUUUAUGUAAUAUUUUUACAUAAUUCAGUAAUUUUAUUGAUUGCAAUUUGAGGGACCUGCCUGCCAACCCAGGCCGAAAUUCCAGAGAAUUUAAUUUGUUAGCACUGUAUUUUACCCUGUAACGUUCUACGACACCCUAAAACCUGUACAUGGGGGGUACUGUUUUACUCGGGAGACUUCGCUGAACACAAAUAUUAGUGAUUCAAAACAGUAAAACAUAUCACAGCGAUGAUAUUGUCAGUGAAAGUUACUUUUUUUGCAUUUUUCACACACAAACAGCACUUUUACUGAUGAUAUAAUUGUUGUGAUACGUUUUCCAGUUUUUAAACACUAAUAUUUGUGUUCAGCGAUGUCUCCCGAGUAAAACAGUACCCCCCAUGUACAGGUUUUAUAGCAUUUUUGAAAGUUACAAGGUCAAAUAUAUGGGUCAAAUAUUUUUACAUUGAAAAUGGCCAGGUUGGUUACGUUGCCUUUGAGAGCGUAUGGUAGCCCAGGAAUGAGAAUUACCCCCAUGAUGGCAUACCAUUUGCAAAAGAAGACAACCCAAGGUAUUGCAAAUGGGGUAUGUCCAGUCUUUUUUAGUAACCACUUGGUCACAAACACUGGCCAAAAUUAGCGCUCAAUUUAGUUUUUUUACUUUUUUCACACACAAACAAAUAUGAAUGCUUACUUUGGCCAGUGUUUUCGACUAAGUGGCUACUAAAAAAGACUGGACAUACCCCAUAUUGAAUACCCUGGGUUGUCUACUUUAAAAAAAAUAUGUACAUGUGGGGUGUUAUUCAGAGAUUUAUGACAGAUAAUAGUGUUACAAUGUCACUAUUGAUAAAUUUUAAAAAUUUAUGUUUUGAAACCGCAAUAUCCUACUUGUACCUAUAGCCCUAUAACAUGCAAAAAAAAAAGCAAAAAAGCACGUAAACACUAGGUAUUUUUAAACUCAGGACAAAAAUUUUGAAUCUAUUUAGCAGUUUUUUUCAUUCGCUUUUGUAGAUGAGUAAAAGAUUUUUCAAGUAAAAGUCAAAAAACAUGUAUUUUUUCAAUUUUUCAUCAUAUUUUUUUAUUUUUUUUAAAUUAAAAUACAUGAGAUUAUAUAAAUAAUGGUAUGUAAAGAAAGCCCCUUUUGUCCUGAAAAAAACAAUAUAUAAUUUGUAUGGGAACAGUAAAUGAGAAAGCAGAAAAUUACAGCCAAACACAAACACCACAAAAGUGUAAAAAUAUGCCUGGUCGCAAAUGUACAACAUCGCAAAAACAGUCCAGUCCUUAAGGGGUUAAUUUUAAAGACUUUUAUGAAUUAUACAGAGAUGAAAAGAUCAAAACACAAGCAAACAGUAAGGAAAAUACAACUGAAGAAGUGGGAGUUUUAAGAAACUUGCCAUAUACAUGGUGAUUCUGAUAAAAUAGUACAAUAUACAUGAUGCAAAUAAUUGCUUAUUUAAUAAUUAUUAACACAUCCAGCAGCUUGACAUUUCUGGAUUAUUUUUAGAAUAUAGAAUAUAGAGUUCUUUUACCAUUAAAUUAUAUCCAUUAUUUUUAAAUCGAGCAGCUUAUCAUCACUAACCCUGGUCAGUGUCAUUAAGAAGGACCAGGGUAGCAGUCGUGAUUUAAUAAAGAGCAUAUUUGAAUCCAAAUUAUAAAUCUUUCCUAUGGGUAUGUUUUAUAUUUCUGUGAUUACAUUUUUUUUUAUCUAUUUCCUUCAGAAAGGAUCCACAAAGAGAUAGACCGUGUGAUUGGCCAUGAUCGCUGUCCAUCAGUAGAAGACCGUAGUGAGAUGCCGUACACAGAGGCUGUGAUCCACGAAAUCCAAAGAUUUGGCGAUAUUGUGCCUCUGGGAGUACCGCAUGCAACCAGUAAAGACACGACCUUCAGAGGAUAUGACAUUCCUAAGGUCACUGACUUUACAUAAUAAAUAGAAAGUAAUUAAAAUUAUGAAAUUUAGAGUAAUUAUUAUUAUUAUUGCCUUUUAUAUAGCGCCAACUUAUUCCUCAGUGCUUUAUAAUAUUACAAGGAUAUAGAAGUGAUAUUAAUAAAACAAUUGUAAAUUAUUGUAGCCAUAUCUAGAUAUUUAAACAGACAGAAAGGAAGAAAGAUAGAUAGAUAAAUAGAUAGAUAGAUAGAUAGAUGAUAGAUAGAUGAUAGAUAGAUAGAUAGAUAGAUAGAUAGAUAGAUAGACAGAUAUACAGACACAAACACUCACACACAGAUAAGGCAAACAUAUAUAAUAAGGGAUUUAAAAACCCUUUAAAAACAUUGCAAAAAGUUUUAAACCACAUUUCUUAUACUUAGUAUUGGUAUACUUUUUACUGUGUGUAUUGUAACUGUGCUGUUCAUACAUGCGGAUCCUAAAAUUAAGACCUAUUAAGAUUUGUAUAAAUGCUUUCUAUUUUUUGCCGUUUCCUAAUAUUUCCGACUUUUAUAAAGCUUUUAUAGACCUGUUUUACACCCUCUGUAUAACUUUAUACAUUAUCGUCUACUAUUUGAACGCUUUCACCCUCCUUGGACAUUUCCAUAUUUUGUAGACACAAUCUAGAACAACCAAGGAGUAACCAUUUUACCAUCUAUUUUACACAACAGCCACCACUUUCAAUGUACAAACCAAAUUAUUUUUCAUUUUAACGCUGCAUUGUUACACUACACAAUGUGGAAAUAUCCAAGAUGGGUUAAAUACUUACUAUUGUAUUGUAUCACUUUCUGCUUCUAACUCACUCCUCUUUCCAACAUACCAUUCAUAUCAAUAAAUCUCUUGUCCCAGUAGACUAUUCCAUGUUAACCCACAUUCUUUUACUACCAGAGCUACCUGCCCUGCUCUCUCGUGUACCAUUGCAAUAAAUACGGUCUAUUUAUGGUUUAUCGCUACCUGGUCAGUGCUUUCUCCCCUUUUAAUAUGGUGUUUGAUGUCAGUCAUGGCUGUAACAUGUCACGUGCCCUAUGCCUGUCUUGUGUAGAAAAUUGAAUAACUUUUUUGACAUCUAAACAGCAGUGAUGGCAAGUGUGCCAUAGAUUCCCCAUCACUGCUCAAGGAAUGUACAGGGAACGUUGACCAUCAUAUUUUUAGGACACUGAUUUGAUUUAGUUAAAAGUUGGAAAAUAUAAAAAACGCCCUUGUUUUUUAUAUGACUGCUAUGUGUUUAUAGAUAUAUCUUUAUAUUUGAAUUACAGGGUACUAUGAUUUUCCCUAUACUGACUUCUGUCCUGAAGGACCCCAAGUACUUCAAAAACCCCACUUCAUUCGACCCUGGUCAUUUUCUGGAUGAAAACAGCUGCUUUAAAAAGAAUGAAGCGUUCAUACCAUUUUCCGCAGGUAAAUACAUCAAAGUUGAGGUUUAUUGAGUCUUAUUGAGAUUUUUAUAGGGAAUUCUACUGUGUGGACUAACGUGUUAGUAAACUUGUUUCUGCAUGCAUGUUUAUGUGUGUGUUUGUUUUUUUGUGUUAGUUUGUAUGUUUUUUUCAGGGCUGUCAGAUGCUUGAAAAGAUUUGAGUUUUUUUAGAAUAUUUAAAAUUGAAAGAUUGUAAUUAAAACAUUUGCUAUGAUUUAUUUAUAUUUUAACAAGUUAGCCCAAUGACACAUCAAUCUUUCUACAUUUUGUGUUAACAUUUUGUUGAAGCUACAUUCAGAACAUAUCUUUCCAUAAUUCACCCUCCAGGUAAACGUGUGUGUGCAGGGGAGGGUUUGGCACGUAUGGAGAUCUUUCUAUUCCUCACCACCAUCUUGCAGAAGUUCACCUUAAAGCCAACAGUGAACAAAAAGGACAUUGAAAUAAAUCCAGAGCCAGGAAGCAACGCUUCAAGACCUCGCCUAUACCAAAUGUAUGCUGUGCCUCGCUCACAUCCCUAG